AUGGCCAAGGUUUUGGAUGAAGGACUAGAUGGAGGGCGCAAUGAGUUUAGCAACAUCAUUAAAUCCCGAUCUGGUGAGUUUCAAGCAAAAGUUUCCAGCCCUUUUUCUUGUGAAUGCUUCAUGGUAAAAACAAACAAGUGCCAUUUACUUGUCAUAAACAGAAGAGCUGAACUUCAUGUUAUGUACAAAUGCAUGUAGUGGUAGCCUGAUGGCCCUUUUUGAAACAGGAAAAACCUGUUCAGGGAGCCUGCAGUUGGGAGUACUAGAGAAACAGCACCGCAGGAGAGAGGUGUUUUAACCAUUUCUCUGCCUUUAAAUGCCCCAGCACCUGCCCCUGAACCAUGGGGGAUUCAGAUGCCUGUUCAUCUUGUUUACUGUCACCUUCUCCAAAGCAGGCUACUGUGUUUGCAAUAUGGUACAACCAGUGGCUUUGCUACUGAAGUGCCAUAACCUUCAAUAACCCACCCAAACAGGCACUUCUUCUGUUAAAAGUACUCUCUGGCUACAAUUAUGCCACUUGCCUGUAAAUGUAAUUUGGUCCUCUAAUUCAAACACCUGAUGUGUCUGUCUGUCAAAGCAUUGUUCUGUAUGUUGGAUUCCUGGUUCUACUUGAAAAGACUCUUGACGCAGCCAUCAUGAAAUAAGAGUAAUUAUAGGCUUCUGUUUUCUGCAGAGCUAAUCAUUUCUGUUUUUUUAGGACCCAAUUACAUUAGGUUUUAUUAAGUCUUGUUUGGGCCACUUGUUUGCGGCUUAGAAAACUUACUGUGCACACUGCAAAAUGCCUUUUAAAAUAUUUGUGAAGUUGAAGUAGUACGUGUCUCUUCGGGAGUUCCCUGGGGCUCUAAUUUAAUGCCUUACCAUAAAACCAGAAUUGCAGGACUGGUCAGGGCAGGGGAAAAAAUGUUUUGCACACUUGGGAGUGUUUUUUCUUCUCUGUGCGGUCUUGGACUGUAUCUUUCAUGUGGACAGGGUGUGAUUGCACAUACUUUGAAAGAGCCCCCUUGAAAUUCUGUACUCCCUCCCCUGUCUGCUGCAUCCAUAUAUCUCUUGCCAUGCACAAGUUAUUUAGGCACUGCACACUUUUCAGAAUGGGCCAUAGGGCCGUCUUUAGCAUAUGCGCCGCUGGGGUGCAAAGAUCCACCCAGCGCUCCCAAAUUAACUUUUAUUAUGCCUUAUGUCACUAUUAUAAUUUGAAAAAUAGUGCUCACACCUGUACGGCUCUAAAAGGAGGUUUUUUUGUGUGUGUUUUGUUUAAAACCAGCUUUUCUAAAGAAGACAAAGAACACAUUGGGAGUCAGUGUAAAGACUCCAUGCAUUCACUUACGGUCAUAGGGAGGUGUCUGAAAGAUGAGACGGGCAGGCAUUAUGCGCAUGCGUGGGAGAGCCAUCUCGGGCAGCCUUUCAUUGUGAGAGUAACCUUAUUUCUAGAGGAGCUGGGAGGGCCCUUGCGAGUGCGCAUAUACGAGUUCUUCCGGAGCCUGUGUGCGCUCCUGUCGCUAGAUAGGCACGUUCUCUUUCUGUCUGUCUCUCCCUUUUUCCUGUCACUUCCCCUCCUCCUGGCUUUGGUGAGCGAGACUUUCCAGAGAGAUCUCCCUGCUCUCCCCCCAGAAUUUGGCGCCUGGGUGCCCCGCACCCCUUGCACCCCUGGGUAAAGACGGCCCUGAUGGGCAAUGGCAUCUUGUCAGUUCAACUGGUGAAGAAUGAGAGCAUUUCUCCCACUGCCCCCCCCCCGGUCGGCUCACUUUCAAAUACACAUAUAUGUGGUUUGUCUUAUCACACAAUUGGCCAGGUACUGGAAGCAAUUCUGUGAUCACUGUUUUGGGUAACAUCUGAACCAGGGCUUGUUAUGCUCCCAGUAAACCAUGUCUAGUAAAUCAAGAACAAACCUAUAGAUCUCAGUUUGCCAGGAGCGAACCAAACUACAAUUCCAGGUUUUGAUCUAAUAUGAAGUUAGGGAUCAUGGUUUGUUUAUGUGCAGAGUGAAAGAGCCCUCUUAGUAGCAUUCAUGGUACGGUAAACUCUGAGAUUGGCAGGUAUUUGUUAGGUUUUUAACUUCUGAAAAGAAUUUUAUUUGGAGAUAUGCUUUAUGUGCAUAUUUAAAGAUUUAUCAGCAUACUUCAUUUUUUUUGUAAUUCCUGAAUUAAAAAUACAAGCUUUAACUCUUGAACUUUUGUGAUGUUAAUAAAAUUAGGUAUAUAAGGAAUGGAUAGGUGUUGCUGUACUCCAGCUUCCAUCAUUCUUGACCUUUGGCCAUAUUCCUGUGGUUGAUGGGUGUUGGGAUCCCCGUCAGAAGUGGAGGGCCAAAGGUUCUCCAUUCCUGCUGUAUAGGGAGGGAUUAUUUCUGAGUAAACAUGCAUAGAAUUGCACUGUGCUCUUGAGCUGACCUAAACAGAAACUCAGCUACAGAAAUCACCCGAAUUAGGCCUGCCUGUUGUAUUUACCUUUUGCGAAUUUUCCUGAAUCUUAGUUAUUUAUUACUCUGCAUACCUGAGAUAGGAGCAGAAUCUGGGAGAGGGAUUUCUCAAUGAAAAGGGUGCAGUUCCUCAAAAUACACUAGUCUACAAAUUAAAGACUUGUUGUCAGGACUGGCAUUUGUGUUUUUCAUCUUAAUUGCUCCAGAAAGGGAAAAGUGCUAAAGGGAAGGAAUACUUGUGCUAGUCCUCAAAUGGAGUGUUCCUAAAGUGAAAUAACUCUGUUCUGUAAUUGAUAAUGCAGAAAAAAGGUAUAAUUAUACUAUGAUUUGUAUUUUGAUAAUGAUCUCUAUUUCAUUUGGGUGAUAUUCAACCUAUCAUACUCUACAUAGACACUUUUAAAUCAAUGGUCUUAAGUUACUUGCCCAUUGAUUUUAAUGGGUCUUUUCUAUGUGUGACUAAUGUUGGAUUUUGCCUUCUGUCAGUUGUAUGUUAUGUACAAAUGAUCUAAUAAGAAUAGUUGCUUGCCCUGGUGCAGAGGGAUAAAUAUGUUUUAAAGUCUUUUGAAGAUAGUUGUACACUUUCCCUUUCGUGAAGUUACAUUAUAUUUUAAAGGAGAAAAAAUUGUUUAUCUGUAUUUUAAACAAGCACACUAAAUUAAGAUGUUGCUUUGGAUACCAAGAAUGUUUUCAUAACUUCAAGGCCCAAAAGCCAGCAAUAUAAUCCAAUAGUUUAUUUUGUUUUUGCUGCUGGAAUGCCAGAAUUUUAGCUAGAGUGCAGUGCAGAAAGAAUUCAACUAAAAUAUGUUACAGGUGGGAGUAUUGUUUACUCUUAAAAUUCUGAACAGUGACUUCUAUUUCUAAUCACGUUUAUUUUCAACUCAUGGUGUUAAUAAUCAAUAAUCUUCUUUAGGUAAAAUUAGUAGCAGAUUACUAGUUCACACAACUCUUGUAUCAGUUGAUGUUGACAUUACUUUAUCCUAGAUAACUAAUGCUAAUGUUUGGAAUUCCCAUGUCAUAUGAGGUGUCUUGUUUGACCUUGGCUCCAUAACCUUCCCAGCCAUAAUCUAUUGUUUCUUCCAUAGAAGUCAGUCAGUGGGGGCCAUUAUCUUGCAUCUGGCAAGGUCAAUGGGUUGCAGUUGCAGCAUGCAAUUCACUUAUGUAGGGAAAAGUAAAGCUGUGCUGUAUGUCAGGCGUUCACAACAAAGCUGCAGCGCCCUGUUUGUCAUGUUGGCUCACUAGAAGUCUCUAGGAAGUCCACAAGCAGGGCAUGGACAAUAGUUCUCCUACACUAUUGUACCCAGCAGGCUGUGUCUGAACCUGGAGGUACCAUUUAAAUAUCAUGGCUAAUAACACUUUGUUCUUUGCAAAUUUUGCUAAACCCCCUUUAAAGCCAUGUAAGCCAGUGGCCAUCAUCACAUCUUGUGCCAGUGAAUUCCGCAAGUUUUGCAUUCUGUGAAAAAGUACUUCAUCUAAAUCUAUUGUUCUGAAUAUAUUGCUAGUCAAUUUCAUUGGGUGAGCCCAAGUUUUCAUAUUAUUGGAGAAGGACAAAAAGUUAUUUCCAAUCAUGCUGUACAUGGUUGAGAGUUGUGUUCAGUAUAUAUAUAAAUAAAACGUGUAAGAAGAAAACACAAAAAGCAAAAGUCUCGAACUAUUGAUUGGAAGAUUGGCAUACACUUGUGCACUGCCUGGUAGAUUUUUUGGCGAUUUAGAAAUUUUAAGUAGUCCAUUGGUGCAUAUUUCCAUGUAUGGUGGAAUUGCCCUAAAGUAAAAGCAUUUUGUUAUUAGUUUUUGCUAAUAAAAUAACAAAGCAACAAGCAGUAGUCUUUACAGAAUAUUUUUACAGAAGACAUUGUAGACUUACACUGCAAGGAGCUUUUUGGGCAUAUGUUAAAGCUGCAAGGAUUGCUAUCUGGGCUUCUCAAUCUGGCUAUUUUAUUAUAUCACCAUGUUAUUAUAGAAUUGUAGAGUUGGAAGGGACCCUGAGGGUCAUCUAGUCCAACUCCUUGCAGUGCAGGAAUAUGCAGCUGCCCCAUACGGGAAUUGAACCUGAAACCUUUGUGUAACCAGCACCAUUCUCUAAUCAACUGAGCUAUCCAGGCAUAUGAAUGGCUGUCAGUAAAACUAAUUUUUAUGCUGUUUACUGUUAUAUAUUAGUGUUGCAUUUUAUUCUCACUUGUUUGUGAGCUGUCCAGAGAAUAUAUGCUUAUAUAUCAUUGGACUUAAUAAAUUCAGUUAAAAUAUGGUGUUUAUGACUCCUGUGACUUUUCAAGCAGUGAUUGAACGAUCUCUUUUUUCCAAAGACUUUGUUUUUGUAUUUUUGAAAGUAGUAAUACAAUCUCUUAAACACCAAAUGUUCAUUAUGUACUCAGCAGCCAGGAGGUGUAGAUUUUUUUUCAAUGAGAGAGCCAUGACUUAGAAGUAUAAUACGAAUCUGGAAGCCCUGCAGAUAUCGGAGGUGGUUUACAGCCUACUGUUCAUAUGUUUUCUGCUAUUUGUCAUUCAAGGACCUCGUAAGAUCACUGAGUGAGACCAAAUGAUGCCUGCCCACUUGUACAUUGGAAAUUUGCUUGUGCAACAGGACUGGUUUCUCUUCUCUCUCAAGGCAUUCCCUAGAUUUUGGGGGGUGUGCUGGGGGUCUCCAGUGGGGAGGACAGGAAGGAGAAGCCCUGUUACUUGCUUGUGCUGGAUUUUACUUGCUGAAAUUAUUAUUUUACUAAGGCCAAACUGCCAUUCUGUAACUAAUAAUUUAUGUUUUGAAAGUUUUAACACAUGCACUGUUGUAUUUAAUAACUUCUCUUACUCUUCCUGGAAUGUAAUGGACUUGUGAGUUUAAAUCUCUACUAUGACCUACACAGAGAUUUAAAGGAAUGUGAAAGCACAGGUAUGGCUAGCAUGCUAGGAUAGACUUCUGAUGUUAUUUUGGUUAUUACAUUCAUCAGUGUUAAGAGGUGUUUUUUUUUUUUUUAAAAUUUAAACUGCCAGGCACGAUCAGCUUAGUAUUACACUUUAAUUGGCUUUUCUAUCUUAUGCAACAAAAUAACAAUUUUGUACUGCCUUGCUUGUUAACAGAUAUAAAUAUUUAUGUAAUUCAGCUCUGGUUUGCAAAAAAUGCACAGCGAGGAGACAGCAAUAGAAAUAUACCGUAUUUUGCGCUCCAUAGGACGCUCCGGCCCAUAGGGCGCACCUAGUUUUUUGGGGGGGAAAUAAAUAAAAAUAUUUUUAUUUCCCCCCCAGGUGCGGGGCUGGAAGAACUAGGUCGGGGAACAGCGGGAAGGUGCGCUCUGCCUCCCCACUGUCCCCCGAGCUUGUGGGGCUGGCGAUGGGGAGAAGUGCGCUGAUCCUGGGACUGCAGGCAGCUCUGCGCGGCCAUCCGGAGCGGGGUGGGACUUCGCGCCCGGCUCCCGAUGGCCGCGCAGAGCUGCGCUGAUCGCGGGACUGCAGGGAGCUCUGCGUGGCCAUCCGGAGCAGGGCGGGACUUCGCGCCCGGCUCCUGGUGGCCGCGCAGAGCUGCGCUGAUCCCGGGACUGCAGGCUGCCCUGCGCUUCCUUCGGGAGCGGGGCGGGACUUCGCGCCCGGCUCCUGGUGGCCGCGCAGAGCUGCGCUGAGCCGGGGACGGCAGGCACCUCUGCGCCGCCAUCGGGAGCGGGGCGGGACUUCGCGCCCGGCUCCCGGUGGCCGCGCAGAGCUGCGCUGAGCCGGGGACGGCAGGCACCUCUGCGCGGCCAUCCGGAGCGGAGCGGGACUUCGCGCCCUGCUCCCGAUGGCCGCGCAGAGCUGCGCUGAGCCGGGGACUGCAGGCAGCUCUGCGCGGCCACCGGGAGCCGGGCGCGAAGUCCCGCCCCGCUCCGGAUGGCCGCGCAGAGCUGCGCUGAGCCCGGGACUGCAGGCAGCUCUGCGCAACCCUCGGAGCCGGUCUCCCGAGGGUUGCGCAGAGCUUCCUGAAGCCUGGAGAGCGAGCGGGGUCAGGGCGCACCGACCCCUCUCGCUCUCCAGGCUUCAGCGAAAACCUGCAUUCGCCCCAUAGGACGCACACACAUUUCCUGUUCAUUUUUGGAGGGGAAAAUGUGCGUCCAAUGGUGCGAAAAAUACGGUACCUAUACAGUGGUACCUUGGGUUACAUAUGCUUCAGGUUACAGACUGCGCUAACCAAGAAAUAGUACCUCAGGUUAAGAACUUUGCUUCAGGAUGAGAACAGAAAUCGUGUGGCAGUGGAGCGGCGGCAGCAGCAGGAGGCCCCUUUAGCUAAAGUGGUGCUUCAGGUUAAGAACAGUUUCAGGUUAAGAACGGACAUCUGGAAUGAAUUAAGUACUUAACCCGAGGUACCACUGUACAGUAAUUUUAAAGAAUUGCAUACUUUAAAAUAGCAGAUGUGCUUUACAGAGUAUGCUUGAGCUGACUUUUAACCUAUCAGGAUUUUCAAUUGUGUUCACAGUGGUACCUCUGGUUACGUACUUAAUUCAUUCCAGAGGUCCGUUCUUAACCUGAAACUGUUCGUAACCUGAAGCACCACUUUAGCUAAUGGGGCUUCCCACUGCUCCUGUGCCACUGCUGUACGAUUUCUGUUCUCAUCCUGAAGCAAAGUUCUUAACCUGAGGUACUAUUUCUGGGUUAGCGGAGUCUGUAACCUGAAGCGUAUGUAACCUGAAGCAUAUGUAACCCGAGGUACCACUGUAUAGAUUAUAGUAUCCAAUGUUGCAGCUUCACUGGUGCAAAGGUCUUCUGUGUGUGUGUACAGUGGAACUUUUUCUCCCUCAGCCGUUCCUUCCAGCCCACUGUGUGCUCUCAGCAGAUUGUGGGAACGUGCAACGGAAGGAUACAAAACGGAAUUUGCAUCAUGCCAGUGGAACUAACCAUGUGGAGCAUUCAGUACAACCCAAUGGCAUAAGCCUCAGUUUAAGUGUGGAACUCAAAUCUACAUGUGUAAUAAUCACUAGUGUAGGACGGCCUAGGUAACAAAUAAAGCAAUUCUGAUUUCAAGAGACAGAAAGAGGUGUCUUGAAUAUUGGCUUCUAUGGAAAGGUGACAGUGGAAGUUCUGCCACUUGUGUAGUCUAGCACCGGGGGUGGGUUGGGGGUGGGAUUGUUAUUUGGCCCCAGGAAGUUUCAGAGUGCACCUUUGUUAUCUAAUAUACUUUCUUGGCAUCUGUUAAACCUUUAAUAAUAUCAGAACCAGGAAUGGCAACUGUUUCCCUAAAGGAAAACCCCAUACUGCAGUGAUAUGCUCAAUUUCUGAAGAGUAAGAUUCCUUAAAAUCAGUGUAUUGUAACUUACCAGCACUUUUCAGUAGAAAUUCUUAGGAUCACACUGUUAUAAUUUUAAUAAGCUUUUUAAAAAUCCACAUUGAAGAUACAAACUAAUCUUUAAACAUUCCAGAAUAUUUAUUGCGGUUCAUAAUAAAAAGAACAAAUAUGGAUUACUAUGGAAGCAUCUUGGUUAUACACUCCUCAUAUUUGGUACAAUUAAUAUAAAGAGGACAUAACGAAGAUGCUUCCAUGCUAAUAUGGAUUCACAUUCUAAUAUACUCUUUGUUUUCAAUUUAAUAUUGGGUCAAUCCAUUCUUGAGCUUCGUUAGAUGUGUGACCAUUGCCAUUCUUGAAUGAAAACUCUUUAUUUGCCCUUAUCUUUGAAAAUUAUUCCCACCUACUCAGACUUCAGCAUAUUGUUUUGCUUUGCUUUGUAAUGCUGGCUCCAUUUAACUUUGUUGGGAGGAAAGGAGUAUUGUGUUUAAUUAGUACUUCAGGAUUGCUGAGUGAGUGGGAGAAAGCAUGGGAGAAACAAUUUAAUGUGGGGGGAAAGCAGAACAAAUUUACUGCGGUUAAAACAUCAAUUUCUACUGGUUUUAGAUGCGAUGCCCUUUUGAAAUUUGCAAAACUUCAUGUAUCAAAUACAGUGGUACCUCAGGUUACAUAUGCUUCAGGUUACAUACGCUUCAGGUUACAGACUCUGCUAACCCAGAAAUAGUGCUUCAGAUUAAGAACUUUGCUUCAGGAUGAGAACAGAAAUCGUGCUCCAGCGGCGGGGCGGCAGCAGGAGGCCCCAUUAGCUAAAGUGGUGCUUCAGGUUAAGAACGGUUUCAGGUUAAGUACGGACCUCCGGAACGAAUUAAGUACUUAACCUGAGGUACUACUGUACACUAUUCUACCUUCGUUGUGAUGCUAGUAUUAUGCAGAAAUAUAAAGAACUAAUAUCAGGGAAUAAAGAGAGAUUGAACACUUUGGAGUGUUACUGUUUUCAUAAUAGUUAUGUGAGGUAAGUUACGCUGAUAUCUGGUAACUGGUCCAAGAUGAUCAAGUGAGUCUGAGAAGUGACUUAAAAAGACACAAAAUUGUGUCUUUACUCUCCCCCCCCUUUGUGUUCCUCAUUUUCCUUCUUGAAGGUGUGGUUUUGAAAAUAAUAAAUGGGAAUAGAAUAUUGAAGCAGUUGAAAAUAGUGAAUUUUAAACAAGUGCCCCUUCUUAAGGAUAUGACUUAUAAAAGCUUCUUUGUUUUAAAGGCUAAAGAAACUUCUGGUGAUCACUGCCCGACAGGAAGGUUCUCUUAAAUAGCAAUUUUAGAUGUCUUGAAAGAUAAAAUACACAGCACUAAAGCAAGGAAAUGCCUGGCUAGCUGCCUCAAAGAGUUCACUCUUUGUGGUCUGUUCAAACAAAGGUUCCCACCUGUGGUUCGUGAUACUGAGCAAUAGCCACCUUGGUAGGGAAGGGGGAACGUGUAGGCAGAAAACUAGAAUAUCAAAUAUGCAGGUAGAAUAGCUAAUUCAAAGGUUUCCACUUUGUCCUACCUGGGUUAAAUACUAAGGGGACAACCAUGUUUGCUUUUUCAUGUGUCUGCCCCUGCCAAAUAUAAGCAGGAGUUUGGGGAACGGUCUGAAUUUUACAUCAGCACUCUAGAAUGUAGUAUCUUAAAAAAAAAAAUCUGUUGACUUAUUUUUAAAAUUUCCUCUUGGGUUUUUUUUUUAACCCCUGGGAAGAUGCCAGUCGCAACAACUGUUCAAGUUUCAGACUGCAAUAGCACAAGAAAGUCCAGUGUUGGUUGUAAUUGCAUUUGCCCUUAAAAAAAAGUCUUCAUGAAAUUGGACUAAAGCCUCAAAAUACGAUGCUAUCUGAAGAGUUCACCGAUGAGAAUUACGUACGUUCUUCUGAUUUCCCCCCCUUGACACUCAAACAGUUGCUGUUGAUAGUACUAGCUGCCUUGGCAGUUGCAUGCUAUUGGAAUACUGCAAGUGAAAGUGAACUUGUCACACUCUCCAAUUAGUCAGGAAGCAUUUCCUGAAAAUUUAACACCAGGCAACUAUAUGAGGGGAGUUCCCAUGUUUGUUCAUAGAACUUCAGCAUCUCACCAGCUGUGUCUGACUUCCAUUGGAUAUGCAAUUUCUGUCAGUUGUAUCUAUUCAAUAUAUAGAUCAGCUAAGGGAAAACGCCACCAAUAAUAAAACAACAAACCACGUUCAUUUGCUUUGAAAUGGUUUAUGAUUCAAACUGUCUGUGUGCCUUGGUGGAAGUAUUGCUAGCUAGUGAUUUCUGUGGCAACAAGUCACCUGGACUUUUUAAAGAGAUACUUGGCAGGCUUGGCUUGGGCCAUUAACUUAACUAAAGAACUUUUUUUCUACAGAAGAGACAGGACGUCUGCCACCCUCCCAAUGUUGUUGGACUAUAAACUUUCUCAUCUCAUACUGUUGACCAUGCUGGCUGAGCCUGAUCGGAGUUGAAGUCCAACAGCAUUAGGAGAGCCCUGGGCUCCCCAUCAAUAUUCUACAGAAUUUCAUCUUGCAGAUAUAAAAUCAUAGGCUCCCCUCCUCCAAAUCUGGAUCUUGAGACAUGGGAUCAAUUGCUUGCCUUUUUAUUCACACCUUUUUAUUUAGGUACACAGAUUUGAAUGUUUGUCUAGCACUGUACUGAUUGCUGUGUGCGUCAUAUGUUGCAGGAAUUGGUCCGGUUCUGCUGGGCCUUGGUUAGCAGUGGCCUGCAGGAUGCAUAGUGAAUAUUUCUGAUGUCUGAAGUUCCUAGUUCUGUAGUUGCUACUGGAUAGCUGUCCUUUGAGUUUGCAGUGCUGGAGGCUGCUGUUACCUUUCCUUGCAGGUUACGGUGUUUUCAGGCUUUUUUUGUUGUAAAGUUAAUACUUCAAUACUUACGGUGUUGAGAAUAAUGCCUUUUAUAUCUUUAAUGAGUGAAAGUGAGAUUAGAGUUUUCUGAUACACCAGAGCAGGGAUUUUAUGACUAGUGUUGGCCUUUCUUUGUUCCCUUCUCUCUUUUCCUCCCUCUUGGUGGUGUAGGAUUUGACACUUCAUCAGACUUGGAAGAAGGCCAGAUCUGCAUGGGACAUGGAGUUUGAAGUUGCUAUUGAGAUAUAUAGUUUUUCUGUUUAUUUUUAUCUCCUUUAAAAAAUGCACAGGGGAGAGAAAUUGCUAUGAGGGGAGGUGGGGGGAGGGAGGGAAACAAUGAAAGUAGGUGGAGACAUUGAAGGAAAGAAAAACAUCACAAAAUUGUAGUUGGGGAGAAUGGAAACUACAGGAAACAUGUAGGUACAUAUUGUAAAUGGUUUGCUUUUUUCACACAAUGUCAACAUGUGCUCUAAUUCAGCAGCAGGGCUGGGCAAUAUAUCAAUAGAUCGUCCAAAACCAGUUUGAAGUCCAUGUAAGACCAGUUUCAUAAUUUUUGACCUGACAAUAUAUCGUGAAUCAUGGUGUGUGUGAGUGUGUGCAUGUGUGCGUGCACCCUAUGCAAAAAUCACAAUGUGGUGUAAACCAUGAAACCAGCCAAUGCUGCUCUGGAUUCCAGCAGCCCCUGUUAACUUUGCCAGCUCAUCUCUCCCCUAUCCCCUGUAGAAGUCAGCGAAUCACAAAAGCAGGCGCCAGCAAAAGUCACAAUGCAGGAAAAACCAUGAAGCCAGCCAACAUUGUGAUAUAUCAGUAUAUCAUGAUGCUUGGCUGGUGAUAUAUCACAAUGUUGAAAACCAGAUAUUACCCAGCCCUAUCCAGCAGAAUAGGAGAAAUGGAAAGUAAGAUUGAUGGUUCUCCAGUCUGUGGCUUAUAAAGCAUACUUCAGCUUUCUCUACCCUGUGGCCGACCAUUGGUUCCUGUUUACUUCUGAACUUGGAAACUGUGUCUUAACUCCUGUUUAUGAUGGAACUAGGAUCAUUUCCAAUGACUUGUUCUCGGGCUGAUAGCCAUUGUUUAUGUCUGAACCAGGUCUUUAUCUAUAUGAAUUCAUUUUACUGGAUUGUGCUUUUUGAAACAGCAUCUUUCUCAUGCUGUUGGUCAGUUUUUCCUCGCCGCCUCCUGUGUCUUCUCAAGCUCUUCUUUCCCACUCCUUCAGUCCACUAUCUGUGAGAGAAGAAAGUGGUUUCCAUGGGGGGCGGAUGGCCAGAACAAACUUGUGUUUACUCUGUUGAACUAUAACAAUAUGAAAUAACAAAUAGAGAGAACUGUAACUGGGAUUCUUGCAUGUGAAUGCACUGGAACUGUGCAAAUUGGUUUCUUAAGUAUAAAUUCACGUUAUAAGCGGUUUUACAUAAGUUCUAUUAUGUGCACAACUAAGUCCUUCACACUGAAAUCCUACUUGAAUUCAGGCAUUUGAAAAAGUAUUACAUUUCUAUCAGCAUGUAUUCUUCAGUGCCAUCACAUUAAACACUUAAUUCUUUAAGCCUCUUGCACCCAAAUAAGCCACUUCGUCCAUUCCUACCAGCUUUGUUCUCUAUACAUGAGGCUUGAAAACCUAAGGUUGUAUGUGUUUAAAUACUCAGUUCCAGCUUUGCAUUUAGAGAGGAAGGGUGCAAAGCAUGUAUGAAGUGGUUUGUUUUGAAUCUAUCCUAUAAAAAGCAAGUAGUUUAAACAACAAAGCACUUCAUAUGGUUGCAUUAAAGAAACUGUGAGCUACUAAACUGAACCUCAGUCAUUAUAUGGUGGGGUUUGUUCACCUCGGGAGGUAGUGGUGGGUUGCCCGUGUCCUGGAGGUAGUGCUUAGCUUGUUCUAAAUGGGAUGGCAGUCUCUGUAAAAGGUUAGGCUUGCAGCCAGGGGUGCUCAUAGAUCCAGCUUUGUCAUUUAGAAGCCCAUGGGAUAUCUGUGGCAAUGCCUUGCCCCUGGUUGCAGCCUAGCUGCUAUAUUUUAAAGUUUGUGGACAGUCUUCAGAGGCAGCCCGUGUAAAACAUGUUGCAAUAUUUGCUAAUCUGGAGGUUAGUAGAGGAUACAUAGUUGUAGCCAGGCUGCUGCUUAUUUAUUUAGGAAUUUAAUACCUUGUUCUUCAAUACAGAUGUUUGGGGCAGCUUCUAAUAUAAAAAAAUGUUGAGAAAUAUAUCAGAAAACAUAUCUCUCUAUCUCCACAGCUGUUAAUAUCUGUUUUUGUUACCAUUUUGAAGGAAUAUAUGCUUAUUAUAUAGGGACGCGGGUGGCGCUGUGAGUUAAACCACAGAGUUUAGGACUUGCCAAUCAGAAGGUUGGCGGUUCGAAUCCCCGCAAUGGGGUGAGCUCCCAUUGCUCAGUCCCUGCUCCUGCCAACCUAGCAGUUCAAAAGCACAUUAAAGUGCAAGUAGAUAAAUAGGUACCGCUCCGGCGGGAAGGUAAACGGCAUUUCCGUUUGUGCUGCUCUGGUUCGCCAGAAGUGGCUUAGUCAUGCUGGCCACAUGACCCGGAAACUGUACGCCAGCUCCCUCGGCCAAUAAAGCGAGAUGAGCACCGCAACCCCAGAGUCGGUCACGACUGGACCUAAUGGUCAGGGGUCCCUUUACCUUUACCUUUAUGCUUAUUAUAUAUAUGAGACCUGCGCGAAUAGGGCAGUAUAUAAAUUCAAUUAAAAAAAAUAUUACUUGCUGAAAUAUGGUUUAGUAAGCUAUGAAUAUAGAGCUGAACUUGCCUAGUGUGGUAUACCUGUGGCAUAGUUCGCCCUAUUGCAUUCUGUUCCUUUCUGCAAACUGUGAAGAGGAAGCUAUGAGAUGUGUGUGCUACAGAGUACGUAGUGGCGCAUGAGGCCACAUGUUAUCAUUUCACAUUUCCCCUUUUCAAGCGGUGCUAGAUGGAUAACCUUUCAAGCAGCGACACAUGCUGCGAUUCUAAUCUAAAAAGGAGUUUUAAUGAUUCAGCCAUGUUACUCUGGUAGCCUGAACAAACCCAUAAGGCGCAGCUUCCUUUGAUGACUUCCUUUUAGUUAUUUUCUUGGCAUUAAUCUGGUUCUCAUUGAAGAGGAGAGUUAAAAAUGUUGUUGCCCCCUUUCCUCCAGAUGAAAAAAAGGAUAAAACCAUGGCAAGCUGUAGCCAGGCAAAAAAAAAGAAAAGAAAAGAAAAAGAAAAGAUAUAUCACUCUACAGGGGACCUUAUAAUGAUGAUCUGAAAAGGUGAGAAGACAAACAGUGUUCUUAUGGGUGGGUGUCCUGUGCAUCAUGCAAGUGUUGGGCCAAAAUAUAAAAAAGCAAAGGCAUGAAAUCAUGCUAUAGAAAUUACAGGAAACUGAACUACAAAAUCAAUAACACAAUUUGGGGCAAGGGGAAAUUACAGAAGACGUAUCAGCUUUUGUAAGUAUUCUAGAAGCAAAAUAAGGGCCACCUGUUACCUGUACAUCACUAUGUAGAGACAGUGGCAGAGAUUCAAAGAUGGCCGUGUUCUACCUCUGCUGUCUGAGCGCCAGUUGCUGGGGCAUCGCAAAUGGCAUUCAUGUCCUUCUUGCAGGCUUCCUGGUUGACCCCUGUGAAAACAGAAUAGUGGACUGGAUAAGUCUUUGCCUGAUCCAGUAUGGCUCUCCUGAUCCUUUUAAGCCACAGAAAACUCUUUGUUUGACCCCUUUUAAAGUAGGAAAUAUUCUGAUGCAAGGAAGGAGGGAAUGGUGAAGUCACAGGUCAGGAUCAUGGAGUGUGUGAUGCUAGCAGUCCUUUCUAAUCCAUUUUUACUUGGAUUUGUACAAUUGACUUUAAUGGGAACUUCUGCCAAGCAAGUUACAGUUAAUAUUCCAGUCGUAUAGUCUGAAUUCGUGUCAGCAGUCCUAAUCUUUCAAUGAAGGUUUGUUAAGGAAUUAAUUUAGGAAAUUUCAACCUGGCUAUCAAUCAUAUUUGAGACUUCAUAGAGAACAGAGUGUACCCAGAUGAUUAAAAGUACAAGUGUGUGUGUGUUAUACAAAAGAAGAAGAAAAACUGCUGUUUGAGAUAGCCACUCACCAGGCCACCUAAGAGACAUUUAUGCAGGGUACUUUUUCAGGCAACACUAUUAUGGGGCCUAAGGAUGUCACCCACAACACCUGCAGCCAGAUACCUCACUGGACAAAUAAACUGAUGCAGGCAGUAUAAACUGUCACUCUCUGUGACAGCAGGUCAAGCAGGGUACCAACCUGCCCCUUCCUGAUUAGUCCUCUGGAGACCUGCUCCCUAUAGAAUAGUGUUGUGCAUUUCCAAAUUAAGUCUGACCUCACUUAGUGGGUGUCCUUCAAAUGAACGCCCUCCAAUUUUAUAGUUGGAUCUGGUUUAUUGCAACACUAGUACCUAGUACUACCUGAAGAAGCCUAGUACCUUCUUUAUCAUGUCAGCAUGGCCAGUUUCUUACCAAUGUAUUAAGUGCAGGUAUUCCAUUUGCUGGCUGCUAAUGUUGGUUGUGAGAAGUGGGAUGAGGACAUACAAAUUUGUUUUAGUGAGUGUUUGCUCUGUAAUCAGUGCCGUCUUGAGAAUGUGACUCAGUUAACUGGUGCUGGACUCUCGUUUCAUUUGCAUAUUAUUAUUUUUUCAUCGAAAUGUUCCUAGGGUAGUUUACGCACCUGUAGAAUCAAAACAUAUAAUACAUAUUCUAACACUGAAAGCUAGAAACAGUUGUGGGAGAUCUCAUUCCAUUCUCAUGGGUCAUUCGUUCCUAUAUGUGUGUGGUGGAGGGCUUUGAUGAUUUCUCCUGCUUUUUUAUGCUGUUUGUGGCUGCUGUGCUGUGUCUUGUGAGGUUGUGAUCUGAUUUGUGUCAGUUUUCAGUCAGUACUCUCACUUUCUGUGGUAGCAUUGGAGUUCUUCAUCCCCACCAUGGUUCUUGCACUAGUAUAGCUAUUGUAUUCCAUUUACAUGUUACAGUCUGGAGGGUAGGAUUGUCAUCAUACUACGUAUUAAAAAGGGAAAGCAUCCAGUGAACAAAAACUUGGAGAUUUUUCAGUUUUAAAACAUUUUUUAAAAACUUGUAAACAUUGUACAGUAGUACCUCAGUUAAGUACUUAAUUCAUUCCGGAGGUCCGUUCUUAACCUGAAACUGUUCUUAACCUGAAGCACCACUUUAGCUAAUGGGGCCUCCUCCUGCUGCUGUGCCGCUGGAGCCUGAUUUCUGUUCUUAUCCUGAAGCAAAGUUCUUAACCUGAAGCACUAUUUCUGGGUUAGCGGAGUGUGUAACCUGAAGCGUAUGUAACCCGAAGCGUAUGUAACUUGAGGUACCACUGUAAUCUAUACUGUGUGGGUACAAAGGUGAAACAGAGUCCUUUGGUUGAAGCAGUGGUUCCCAAAGUGGGUGGCACUGCCCCCCGUGGGCUGGUGGGAUUACCUGGGGUGCUGAAAGUGUAAAUGAAUAUCAGACGUUGAAGAACUUGUACCCCUGGAUCAGUUUUGUUGAAUUAACUAAGCUAAAUAGUUUUAAUUGCAUUUUAUUGUGUUACUACUUUCCUUAGUGGGUUUUGCAUAUGACUGGUCUAAAUAAUACUUUUUAGAGGGUGUGGUAGAGGACACUGGGGAUGGGUUUAUGGAACUAAGUGGGUAGUGACCCCCAAAAGUUUGGGAACCACUGGGUUAAAGUAACAGUGUGCUCCUAUACAUGUCUGCUCAAACGGAAGUCCCAUUUGGUUUGAUGUGACUUACUUCCAGGGGGGUAUAUAUAAGUUUAGAACCUAAAUCUGCUUUUAACAUUGCGAUUUAAUUUACUCUACAUUUAACUGCAUUUGAUUUUCAAUUUUUUUGGUCAGAUUCCCUGUUUUAUAUCUGUCAGCAGAACCAUUUUGAAAACAUUAUAGCUUACUCUUUACCCCAGUAUCAUUGUAUCACUUUAUAGCAAACUGUUGUAUGGCUACAAUACAAAAAAAAAAAAAAAAAAAAGGUUUAUCGCUUUCAUUACAAAUAAUAAGGAGUUUCAAUUAUACUUUCAUAAUGAGACGUUCUGUGGUGUAACACGGCAAACUGGCUUUUCUUUGAUUCUAAUUUAAUGAUAACUGAUCCUAUAAUUACAAUGUACCUUUUCCCAUAAUAGAAUAGGCCUUGUUUGACAAGCCAUCUAAGCUUUAAAUAAUCACUUAGAGCUUUGUUUUCAAGAAUCACCUGUGAUUUAGAAAUAAUGUGCACAAGUGCUCAUUAAUUUAAGAAAUGUAAAUAUGUUCAGUAUAAAUUUGAAUGCUUUAAGAGAAAGUUAUUUGGGUUGAGGGUAUAGAACGCAGGGCUCUCAGCCUUGUACACUGGUGGCCUUAAGGAAACGAAAGAAAUGUGAAGAAUGUGAAGAAAUCCCUGAACAGCAAAGGAUUCAUUCAUGUGAUAAAGCAGGUGUGGCAUUUUAUAAAUAAGCUUGUAACUGAUCGACUUAUCUCACUGGCAGACACUGUAGUCACAUGAACUGUGUGCAAGUAUUGCCUGAACACACAAUGACUUAAAAUAUGGAUGGGGCCGGGGGAUGCUCACAGACCCUGCCCCCAAAGCCCCUGUGUGCCCAGGCACUUCUUUAAACCUUUAUGCAUUUAGCCCAAAGGUCUGAAGAGGAUUUCUGAGAGUGUUCUGUUUAAUGUUGCAUUGAAACACAUCAAAUAACCGAAUAACUAAUCCAAAUAACUAACCAGGUUUUCAGUUCCUCCAGAAAUCUAAGUGUGCUCUUAAGUUAUAGCAAAGCUCUUAUGACAAAUGUGAGGCCACGUCACUGUUGGUAAUAGGAAUUGCUUCCUUGGGACUGCAUAUGAGGAGGAGCCCAUCAUGGCUUACCUCUUCCCUCCCCACUUCCUCCAGUUCUCUGCACGCCAAAAGGAUCACAAAAACUUGGGCACUCCUGUGUCAUGCUAAUUACUUGGUAGGCUUUGGCAGAGGGAAUAUCUUGUAGAAUCUUUAUUACCAAAUAGCGAAAUUGGAUCAUUUCCUUUCAGUUAAUUCAGAGACAGGUAAAAAGUAAAUGAGACUGAAUUGAAGCUAUAGAUUCACUCAGCAUCUGAAGUUAACAACUGACUUGAAAAGAGCAUUUUUAAAGCCCCUUGUUUGAUAUCAGUAAUUACUGAAUCUGCCCUAGUCUUGGAAGAAUAAUAAAUUAAAUAAGUCACAAUUGUGAGGGUUUUGUUUCCUGAGCCAAUGAAACUUAGGUUUUGCAUGCUCAACUUUGCAAACUGAAAUUAUAAAUAAACAAACACAUAUGCAUCAAAGUGAUUGCAAUUUGCUGACUUAAAAAUUGUGAAUUGGUUGCUGGAGAGUUGUUUUUUGGGGGGCGGUGUGUGGCAGGAUGAGCCUGUGAUUUUACUUCUCAAAACUGAUAUUUGCAAUAAUGAAGGCUUGUUAAUUCUUAAAUUGAGAUUUCUUGGAAAUAAAAAUGCUGCCAGAUAUAACAGUCAUAGUUUCUGGAGGUAAUCCAGAGAACAGUAUACCAAAGGAGGUGUUCAGUUCAUUCCUUCAAAUAUGCUCUGCAAAGCAUGCUGUUUUGAAGGGAUGGGGAUUUAUGUAUUAUUUUAUGUAGUUGGGGGGGGCGGGGGGGGGAAUAAAAGCCCUGGUAAGUGAGUAGUCUGUAAUCUCUUAUGAGCACUUCAAGAAGCCUUUGAAUCUUUUCUCUGGAUUUCUUCCUCACAGUAUCACAAAAGAUAAGCUAGUAAACCAAAAUACAAUUUCUUUUUUUUAAAAAGAGGUGUUUUGUGUUGUGACUUGUAUGCUUCAUUAAUAAUAGACCUUGACUACAGUUCAUGUCAAGUUUUUAACUGUGCUGAUUGCAUAAUUCUACUUCCAAUGCUUUGAGAUAUGAUUGACCUGCUGUUUGCCAAAUAUCUGUGUAGUAUUUUGUGGUGAAGGGUGGGGUUCUCUUUUCUGAGUAAACUCUGGAAUUUUGAAGGAGUCAUUUUGAAGACUAUUCCCUCACUUAAUCUUUUCAAGCUGCUGUUCAGAAUAGCCCUUGUUCUUCAAUGGCAACCUGCCCAGACUGGAGGGAGCCAGCAUUAGAAAUGAAAAAUGUAUUAAAUUUGAAGGGAGUUCAGUCAGUCUAAAGGGCUUGUAACUAUACAUGUCUAAAUAAUACACCUGAUUACUAAAUUGGCUUGAUUUGUAAAGACUGAAAUGCUGCUAGACAUGGAUCUAGUAGUUGCUGGGGUGCUACAGAAUAAUCUCUAUUUCACAAGUAUAUUCUUUCUCUCAUGUCACACUUGACCUGUUGGUCAGAAUGUGUGUGGCUUGCAAAACAUGAGCUAAACUAUACUCGUAUUAAAUGUGCCAAGUGAGAGAGACGUUUUUCACAUACUGUAUCUUUCCCAUUGCCAUUCCAAAGCUAAACUUCAUGUAGGUACUGAAAAAUUAAUGGUAAAAAUCAUGAGCACAAUAAACGUCUGUCUGUAGUUUCCUUAUUAACCAAACUAAGCCAAAAUGUAGUAAGGUCUGUUAAACUUUUACUUUAGGUACGAGUUGUUUCAACCCCUUUUUAUACUAGUUCUCACAGCAGUCAUAAACCUUUUCCUAGUGUCCUGACCUGCACCCAGACCAAUGAAAACAAGUGACUGUUUCUUUAUAGGACUUUAUUGAUGAAUAACUCUGUUAAAUCAGCUCCUAAUGUGCAAGUUGCAUGCGACAAAGCUCCUUGCUAAUUAGCUGUCUUGAGCAAACUACUGCUGCAGAUCUGUGCCAGUCUUGGAAAGUUGGAGCCAACAGUCCAUCAACAACUAACUGCCCUUUAAAAGAAGUUGGCUGAUGUGUUGUGGUCAAGUAACUGUCACUCCUGCUCUAACUGUUCAUGUCUCUUCAAACUCCUCAAGCAGGAAGACAGUGGAGUGGGGAGGCCACCAAAAGCUUUAAAGGUUCAAGGAUCCCUGAAAGCUCUCCCCUCAACUCCUCUGCCUUGCACUUGCUGACUGGUCUCUGGCUCUCGCACCCCUUCUUCCACCUCAGCCAACAACUGCCUCACAGAUACAGCUGGUGCUGAGGAAGGCACUGGUGACAGGAAGCCCAUUGGUGAUGGAGGAAGGUUUCUCCUCACUGGUGCCACAGAACCCCACAAGUCACUGACCCCUUAUUGCAAGUCAUCCAUCUCACACUCCUCUUCCUCUCUCCUUGGGCUUCUGCCGGUCCUGGACACCUAAUGAGGGCUCACGUGACUGAAUGCUUCUCCUCCACAAAAGUUGGUUGAAGCAGGAGCAUCCUAAUAAAAAGGGAAGGGGGUACAACUUCCUGCACCCCUUUGCAAUCUGCUCCAGAAGACUGGGGGACCCUACAGACCAGCAUGGGCAAUGGCCCAGGAUACUGGCAGAAAUCACUUCCUCGCCUUCCUCCAUUGGAGUGAAGACCCUUGAGUUCAUGGAAGGACCACUUCUCUGAACAGAAGAGAUCUUUUGGAUCCAGCCCAUUUAUUGUACUUUGCUAUUGGUUUAAUUGUUUCACUUUUUAAUUUAGGCUAGCCUGGAAAUGCCAUUAGAAAUUAAAGGUGUGGGAUAUAAAUAUUGCAGAUAAAUAAAUGUUGUCUUAAGACACUGGCGGCAUGGUGCAAACCUACCUAUAUGUUUGUUUAGCAACCACUGCAGUCAAACUCACCCCAACAAAACUGGGUUUUGGUUGUUCUAUUCCCUUUUUUUGCUCUAGUUCUGAAUUGGAAUUUGCCUGCUUUACUUUCCCACUCUACUUUUUACAUAAUGAUUACAUAUUUUCUUGUUCUUCUUUCCAUGUUGGUGAGACUCCCCCUUGAAAUGCCACUCUGUGUUUGAGCUGCUAGAAACAGCAGUAAGAGAGAAGCAUGCAAUUUUAUAAGAAUGCUGGAAAAUUUUACAUUUGAGCAACAGCAUAAAAAGUUCUCCACCCACUUGGCCAGCCACAAAAUAAGUACAGUGGGUUUUGCGGGGGCAGCUCCAGUUGGCUAGCAAUCUUGAGGCUGUCUUUGUUUAGAGGGCCUGGUGUCCCUGCCAGAACAUACUGUAGGCAGCUUUUUGUCAUUUGUUUCUGUAAUUCAACAUAUUUUUGUAUUUGAAACAUAUGUGCUCUUUCAGCAUGAGGGAGAAUAUAUGUGUGCCUUAGAUUUUGUUGAAUACUAAUAGUCAUUUAUAUAUCUAAUAACACUUGGUCAUCCAGUGUUCAGAUUUGAGCACAGUGUAGACCUUAAUCAUGGACCCCAUUAAUUUUGAUGGCAUAUAACUGAACAUUAUCCAAAAACCAGAACCUAUAGUAGCUCCUUGGUAGCCAGCCAAAAUUUGUGUUGUCCAUUGACCCUGAUUUUAUGCAUAAUGUUGGUGACAUUUAGAGAAAAAUGAGAUUUCUUUGCUGUCUUCAGAAUAUGCAGUCUCGGAAACAAUGUCAAAGAGAGCCCCCCCCCCUUCUUGAACUUGAAGGUUUGGGCCUCUUCCUUAGUUUACUGAGGUUGUCUUACCACAGGGAUGGGAAAUCCCUGCCUGUCAGGCCAGUCUUGGCCCAUCAAGGGCUCCUGGUUGGGCCAUGAGGCCAUUUCCUCCAAACCACAGUUAUCUGCUUAUCAGCUGACAUCAUUGGGUUCACUCUUGCUGGGUGCUGCUUUGCUAGCAUGUUCCUUGUGGGUCAACUUUGUCAGCUGGGUGUGACUGCCUGCCCACCUGUCACCUGACACCACAGUGUUAACAUGACACCUGAUGAUUGACAGUUGAGUAGCCCUGCCUACCUCUCAAAGUUAGCCUGGGAGAUCGAGGGGAGAUCUGGCCCAUAGGACCAAAGGUUUCCCAUCCCACCUUUCCAGAAUAAAAGCUGAACUUGCCUUAUGUGAGUUGGUGGUUCAAAACAUGCAGUGAAUCCAUUAUUUACUUGUUGAGCUGGAGUGCAUUUAGUGAGACCCCUGCCAGGCUUACCUGUCAUUUUGCCAUCAGAAAUGCUGCAUUAAUGGUUUGCUCUGUUCUUGGUCAUGUCAACAGAAGCACUCUUAAAACAAUGGUUUUAAUCUUGAUUUGCAGCCUUUUUUAAAUAAACAGUAUAAGAUGCAAUACUUAAACUCAUUGUGAAUAAUACUAUUAAAUGUGAUGCCUGCAAAUGGCUAUGGUGGUCCACCUUAGUUUCCGUAUUGUCUUAAGAUAUGCUUUAUAGCUAUUUGCACAUUAAAAUGCAAUGUACCAAUUGUAAACUGCUGUAGAGUCCUUUCAGAUGAAGGGCAGUGUAAAAAUACAGUUCAUUAAUCAUCUCCCACAUAGCCAAAUGGGUUGCCUGAUUGACUGGGGUAGAAAUCCCAGGAAAAGGAAUGUCAGCAAAGGGGCAAAAUUGGCACCAGCAGCGAUUGGGAGAGGCUGCAAUAGCUAUUAAGUGGCUGCAAGAGGUGAAGCAUGGGGCGGUGGCUGGAAUGUUUCAAUGCUUUGUUCCCCUGAACUUCCAAUUUUACACCAGAUGCUUCCCUGAAGAAUACUUGGCACAGUGCAAUUUAGCAUUUUCCAAUGUGAAUCAACAGAUCUUUCAAUUCUGCAUUGCAUGUUCACUUCUUCCUGUAAGCUUGAGGCUCUGCUUCAAUCAUUCUAUUCAUGAAAGCUCUUGUUUGGCUCUGUACUUAUCAGAACUGAGGCUUGCAUCCUUUCCCCCUCCUGCAACAACCAGCUAUUCUGUCCUCUUUCCCAUUGCCCAGUUGCUCCAGCAAAACACUGCAUACUUUCUGUGCAACUGAAGGUCUGAAAUGGAAAGUAAUGGAUAAAAGUGUCUAAGGAGAGGAGAAAAGACUAAGUUACAGAUAACUGAAGUCAGGAAGGAUAACUUAAAUUAGGAAGAGAGAUAAGCUUGCAGCACAUUUGAAGACACAGAUUAGUGUGGGGCUCUACUGCAGGCUAGAUUUGUCCAGUGCAAGGAUCCAUCCAGCUGUCAAUUACCGGAUACCACAGUGCUCUGAAGCCCUGAUAUAUAAUCUGAUUGCCCCAGCUUCUAAGCACAGCACAGGGUUAUUUGCAAGAGGCUUGAAAAGAGCCAUGCAAAAUAACCCCUAAAGGUCUACCAAUCAGCUGAGCUUCUAAAGCUGGCUGAUCAGCUGAUAGUUGGGACUUCAACUGUGUGCAGGGCUUCUAAAGCACUGACACCAGCUGACUAACAAUGAUUUCGAAGUUUAUUUUGGCCCUGCCUUGCUGCCUUUUUGGCAGAUGGGUGUGGCUUGGCCAGAAUGGCCUGAGGGCCAAAUGGGAAAACCAGCUGGACCUGAUUAGGCUUGUGGGCUGAAGGUUCCCUAUCUCUACAUUGAAACAAGUCAGUUGAAUGACCUAUGGUUUAAAGUUGACCUGUUUCAGCUAAACAUAGUUAAGAUAAAGCACAGUGUUUCAAGGGUUUGGAUGGCAUGGCAAACUGUUGUGUCUAGAACAAAAUCAGAUGUUUCAAAUUUCAUUCAUGUUGGGUGAGCAGAAGGGCAAGGGAGCAUGGACAAGCCUCUCUGAACCCUGAGCUCUUUGUAAUAGUACAUCAUGUUUUCGUGUUGUGUUGAAAUCAAGCCAUUCCAUAACAGCACUGUAUUUUUCCAUGUAUAAGACGACCCUUAUUUUUUUAAACCCCAAAUUAAGAAAUCAAUAUUUUAAACUAGGGUUGCCCAAGCCAUACAUGGCCUUGAAACUUACAAGCAUAUGGAAAGCUGUAGCAUUUAAAGGAGGCAAGGAGGCAUGUGGAAGAGAAAGCCUGCUUCCCCCUCCCCUAAAAGGGUCUAACCCAGUGAGGGCUGAGAAGAGCCUCUCACUUUCACCUCGCUCAGUUGGGCCUGAACUAGUCCGAAGGGAGUACAUGGCAUGUGUGUGUGGAGAGGCAGGGCUUUCUAAGGCGGGCAGGUUGGGCGAGCUCAGCAACACAUUCUUUCUUUCUUUCUUCUUUGGCGAUCACUCGUAGCUGAGUAAUAUUGUCCUCUAUAAACAUGGUUUUAACAAUGAGUCUGUAAGUGACUGUGGAGGCCAAUCCUGGAUCCACAUGUCCUUCCACAGUGGGGACAUUGGUUUCUGGGCGGGAGUUGAUCAUGAUGUUCUUAUCCUGUUCUUAACCAUUCUUAUCCUGAGGUGCACUUUUGCUAAUAGGGCUUCCUGUUGCACUUGCGCUUCUGGCGCGCGAUUUCCAUUCAUAUCCUGGAGCAAAGUUCGCAACUAGGAGCAGCUACUUCUGGGUUAGUGGAGUUCGUAACCCGAAGCGUUCGUAACCCGAAGCGUUCGUAACCAGAGAUACCACUGUAUAGAGAAUCACCUUACUUUCAGGGGCAAACUACAUUUGAUUAGCCAUGUUUGUUCAUAUGCUUGUCACCCCCCCCCUCUCUCUCUCUGUGUGUGUGUGUGUGUGUGAGAGAGAGAGAGAGAGAGAGAGAGAGAGAUAGAGAGAUAGAGAGAGAGAGAAACAACUUUACAACAAAGGAUGUGCAGGUGCAGGGAGCUAAACUUCCGCACCUGCCUGCCUGCCUGCCUUUGCUACACCCUUCCACUUCAAGUAGUUCUCUCCCAGCCUAGCUUUGAUCCAGAAGUGUGCUUCUUUCAUCCCUAUGCAUCUUUUGUUGUAAACAGAAGAAUGUGGCAGGCAAGUGGAUGAACAAAUGUGGCUGACCCUGUUGUGCCUUAUUUUCCUUGCAGAUGUACAGUGGUACCUCGCAAGACGAAUGCCUCGCAAGACAAAAAACUCGCUAGACGAAAGGGUUUUUUGUUUUUUGAGCUGCUUCGCAAGACGAUUUUCCCUAUGGGCUUGCUUCGCAAGACGGAAACGUCUUGCAAGUUUGUUUCCUUUUCUUAACACCGUUAAUACAGUUGCGACUUGACUUCGAGGAGCAACUCAUAGAACGUGGUGUGGUAGCCUUUUUUUGAGGUUUUUAAAGACUUUGGUGAUUUUUGAAGCUUUUCCAAAACUUUCCCGACACCGUGCUUCGCAAGACGAAAAAAAUCGCAAGACGACAAAACUCGCGGAACGAAUUAAUUUCGUCUUGCGAGGCACCACUGUAUACAAGUUAGCUCAGUUGAAAAAACUGAAAAAGUAUUUUUCCUCAAAUAUUCAUAUGCAUUAGCCUGUAUUAUUUUGACUAUCAUCUUCGGGUCUUUAGAUGGGUGGGUGUUUGCAAUCCCAGGCCAUUAAUAAACUUCAUUUUCCAAUUCAAUAAAAAGACAGUGGGCAAUUAUAUGAGUAUGUUAUGGUUAUUGGCAGUUAUAUUUAUGCAGUGCUUUUUUGUGGUAAAAAAUGAGAUGCCGGUAUUCGUAUAUCUAUACAAGUGACUUGGAUGCCUGCACAAAAUGACUGCCAUAGGCAGCAAAAAAGAGGUGCCGGAACUCUGUACUGGGGAGUACAGUCACUUACUGUACAUAAAAAGCUCUUUAUGUAUGAAUUAUACAUCUAAAUAAAUAAGAUAGUAAAUACUUUCUUAUGAAAGCGAUACUGAAUGGUUGGCAGAGUGCAUUAAAUCUCCACUGAUUUAUUUUUGUCGCAUUAAAAAUGUUUGUAUGUUGUAGUACACCGAUUUGUAAGUUUAAUAUCUGAAGAAGGCUCACACCUGCUGCUGGCUCUUCAGCCUGUAGCAUACAUGAAUUCCAUUGCCGUCACUAUUUACUUCCUCUUUCCUCUCCAAGUCCUAUUCCCUUGGUGGGGAGGUUUGGCUUGGCUUGUAAUUGAUCUAGUGAGCAGCCGUUCUUGCUGGGUUGUUUACAGCCUACAGGUUGCAGCUGAAUUAGAAGUUGGAUACUAUUAUUUCAUACUGCUGUUGCUAGGGAUUGAGGAGACUAAUGGUGAGCCAACUGUUCAUCAGAAGUGGUGGGAUUUCCAGCAGCAGCUGCUGUUUGCUGAAAAUUGUAGCCACAUCAUGCUUAAGGAGCGUGUAAACCUGCCAAUUCUACACAGCCAUGAGCUGCUAUAUGAUGAACAAGGAAAAAGGUGUUAAGAAAAUACAGGCCGAACUCUGUCAGGUGGUUGGAAGGGAUAUGAAGAAAAAAAUGCCUGUGUAUUUUUAUAGCUAAAAAAUUGCAAUGAUCUAUCUUUUUCAAUCUCUCAUCUGUCAUUUGGUUAUGCUGUUGAUACAUAACGGCAAUUAUAAUUACAACUUUCUAUGUGUUCAUUGUCUCAGAACAAUAAUCAGGACUGGCCCAAGAGAUCCGGCCUCGGGGUGAACAGUGCCUGAGAGAAGUAAAGUUAUUUUGGCACCUACAUGCACCUCUCUCUUUCUGAGGCAAUAGAAAUGAUAAUAAUAAAUUAAAUAACUGAUAAUUUCCUACCCUUUUAUGAUGUUCAAAAUUCAUCUGCUACACCUUUGCCUACUGGUAGAUGUAGCCUUUUGCAAAAAUAAUAUUUAAAAAACUGUAGAGGUAAUACACAGAUGUUCAGUCGUGACUGGGCACUUUGAGUUUUGCACCUGCCAUACUCUUUCCUUGAAUGCAGAAAUUUAUUCUUUCAGUUUUGAGUUCUUGCUAAAAUUUUACUAUUUCAUUUAAACUGGCCACAUUUCUGGUUUGCAUAGAUGGCCUGCAAAUCAUUCUUUCAAACCAGUACUUGAAUUAAGUCAUGGAUGGAGAACCUGUGACCCAUCCAUUGUUGUUUGACUCAAACUCCCAUCAGCCCCAAGCAUCAUGACCAAUAGUCAGGGUUGAUAGAUGUUUUAGUUGAGCAGCAUUCCUGGUCCUCCAGGAAUUGGUGCAUGUGAGGUGAAGGGGUGAAGCACAUGGGCACAGUUCUCUUUUACAUUGUGCCAAACCUUGGCUUGGCAUUAAUGUUUAAACCAGCCAUUUAUUUUAUGUUCUAAAAACUAUGAUUAGCACAAACCAUGGUUUGCCAUGGUGUCUUAAUUGAGCCAAACAUUAGCCUCAAAAUGAAUUUUGAACUGAUAACCUCUGGAUUCCUCACUCUUAAACCAAUCAUAUACACACACAUCAUAAUAGAUGCACUAUUCUUAUUAUUUAAAGUAGGCAAGGUUGCAUCAUUGUGUUUUUGAUCAGUACCCUACUGAUGCUCUUACCUCAAUGUUGGUCAAAAACAGUUUUCAGUGAAGAAGUACGAACAUUCACUCCGAAUACUGCACUGAGAUAGAAAAUAAGUUUAAGAAAUAAAGAGGAAAAGAGCUGGAGGCUGGUUUCAAAGGCUUAGCAUUUAGGAGCUGAUAAUAAUGCCUUUGUUUUCCAAAUGAAUCAGCUGACCUGUUCUUACUUCACGUCCAUAUCACAGUGACUGUUAAUAAAACCUUUCAACAGCAGAAUAUUUUAAGGUCUCAAACUCUUAGAAUGGUGAGCAACUUACAUAUCAGCUCUUCUUAAGUUCAUAUAGGUAGAAUCUAAUAAGAGAUUGUUGUCUCCCUGACACUUUGUUUCUGACCAACAGAGUUGCCAAGGUUUUGUUCAGUGAAAAGCCAGCUUGUGAUGUUUAAUGCAUAUCUCCCUGACCUUAAUAAACCAUAAUUUAUAUAGUAACCUCAGCUAACUAGAUUUGGUCUGGCAAAUUAGCAUAUGUAUAUGUAUUAAAGCUCAGUAUACUACUGUGCUGAAUUGGCUGUAAAUAGCAAUUUGCUUCACACAUUACAUCAAAAUAUGUCUAUCUUUCUGCCUGAGCUUUGGGUUCAUCUUUCCCCUCCUCCCCUCUUGAGCUCUAAUCUACUUUUUCUUGGUUGAGUCUGACUUGCGUAAAUGAUGGCGUAGAGUAGAAUGUGGGAUAACCACCCUUAUAUAACCAACAUACUUCUAUUUAAUACAUGAAAGGGUUAAGACCAUAGAGUAAGCUGUCUUGCUGGGCUUAGCUCACCUUGAGAGAGCUGAGAAGCUCAACAUAUAAAUAGGUUUUGAGCUGGUUGCUGAACGUCAGACCACAUGGCUCUUACAAGCCAUUCUUGUGUUCCUAUACCAAUAAUUUAGCAACUUUCACUACUGUAACUAAUCUUAAGUUUUACUGCCUGUGUAUUCUAAAUGCUGUAUGGAAAAGCACAUCAAUUUGACCUUCAUGGAACUUGUAAGUAAACCAAUUUAAACUUGCCAAACAUGGGAUUUCCGCCCCCCCCCCCAUGCUAGGGGAAGAGGAGAACUUUGGAAGGAACUUAGGAGGGUUCAUUUCCACACUUGACUUUGCUGCAUAUUUUGUGAUUUUAAAUCUCUGCUGAGGUUCUCUCACCAACGAGUACUUGCCCCAAUGAGUACUUGGAUCAUGGCAUCCAGGAAUUCUCCUUUUUAUAUAUCUAAUUUUCCUUCCCACCAACAUCAUUUGCCUCCAAACCUCAGCUGGAAAGCAUAAUUUUCUGACCUAAGCAUUAAACUUGCCUGACAACUGUGCUUACUUUCUCCAAAAUAAUUAGAAAUACUGCACUCUUAAUAUAAGCUCUGGAAGUAACUGAGUUUUGGAAUUGGACCUGGAAAUAAUUUGUUUUUAAGAAAGGAGAUUUAGAGUUGCAUCCAAUGGCUAAACUUUGCAGAAGUACUUUCACCACCCCUUUUUUCGGCUGCAAUAUAUGCACUGCAAUGCAAAAUCUAACAGAAAUAAAAUUAACAUUUAAUAAUCUUAAAUGUUUGUGGGGUAAGAAUCUGAAAAAUGUGUUUUAAAGAGAAAUUAUUCUUUCCAAUGAAAUAACACUGAGAAAUUGUAAGUAAAAGCAGGUGUUGGCGGGAAACUGUUUUAACUGGCCUUCAAGCUCAAUUGCUGAAGGCUUAUAAAUGUCAACGUAGUCUCUUCUAAACCCAGACAUUCCUGCAUUUCAUAGUUGUAUGAUAAUUUUGCUUGUCAGAACUUGUGGAAGUUCGAACCUUAACACGAUCCUUUCUUGACACUUGCCUUUCACUCAGAAAUGUGCAGUGCUUUACGGUUGUAUACUUUAGAUAACUGAGCCAUUGCUGUAUCAUGUGUGUUCUUCUAUGCAAUAACACAUUGCCUAUUUUAAAAGACAUAUGGUUGUAUCCAACUCUGCAGUUUUAUUCUGCGCCUGCACAGCUGAACUCUGCCUUCCUCUUCUACACUUUCCACAUACCUAUAGUAGAAAUCUACCUGUUAUAUUUUGUUACAUUUAAUUUUGGCUUGUAGCUUUGAUGGCUUGGUUCAUGUGUUUCAUCAUUCCACAUCCUUAGUUAAUGAAUCCCAAGUAGCUGGGCUGGGGCAGAAGCUGCCUGGAGUCCCUGCUUUGUUAUUAUUUCUGUCAUUUAUAUCCAUCCUUCUAGUGCCCAUGCACCACUCAGAACAUUUAAAAUCACAGCAAAGUAAAAUAUAUUGAAAUGUAAAAUGCAAUGAAAACAACAGCAUUGCAGGAGAUCACAAGUUAAAAUGACCCAAGCAGACAAAAGCCAGGCAUUGAACACCAGUGAAGAGGCCAUCCCCACUUUGUGUUGAAAGGUGUUCUGUAACUUUCAUACAGCCGCCGAAAAGGCCCUAUCCCUUGUCCUGAUGCCACAGAGAAGGGCAUUCUCUUCUGAUAGAAGGUUGGAGGCAGUCCUCGGGUAUCCUGGGAUCAAGCCAUUUAAGGCUUUAAAAGUUAUCAUCAACACUUUGAAUUGUUAUUGGAAGCAAACUGGCAAGUGAUGCAGAUAUUGCAGGAUAGGUCCUGUGUGGAUGCACUCACUAACAUUGUUGCAGCUUCCACUAACAUUGUUGCUGCUGCUUCAAACCUGACGGUGCUUCUUGGAAUACCUUGCAGUGGUGGUAUACAAAUAAGGUCAGGAAAAUAAAGCAAUUGGUAGCAAACUAGAAGAGCUUACCUUAGUACUAACUUACAGAAUCACACACUUGAACGUAAGCGUGCUCAUGUUAUCAUGACAGAACAAGCUGUUAUUGAAUAGAGGGUUGGUGCUGGAACACUUAGGCGUAAUUCAAAAAGUAAUUUUAAAGAACUUGAAAUGGGUCACUUUAUUCUUUUGUUCUAUUACUUUAAAUUAUUUUGUAAUUGUUUAUGAAUGUGUAUGAAAAUAUAAAUGUGUCCUUUUGUUUGAGUCAUUGUGUGUUUCUAAAUUGGCUUGACUUUUUGUUGGAGGUUGCCAUGUGCCUUCUGAUGCACUCUCACUUCCAUAAAACUGUUUACUUUAAUUGAAUACUGUUAAACGAAAUUGUGGAUUGUGGAAACGUGGAUUGUGUGGAUGGAGGCCAGUUACCCAUUAUAUAAGAUGCAUCCAUCUGAGCAAGCAAUUCCAAAAAGUGAGCCAGACCAGUUUGUCAUAUGAACUUCCCAGUGGAUUCAAAACUGUAAUUGUAUUAGAAAGGAAGGAUAUGAGUCAUUAUCCAAAUGUUUAAAAUGUGCAGUGUUAAAUUUUUAUUUGAGUGAUUCCCCCCCCCCCCAUCUGAAGACCUUAAAUGAAAGUGGGUGAAGAAAAAUCAACACCCUUCUAUCAAAAUUUACAUCUUUAUUAUCAAACAGGUUGUGGAUGCCUCAGUAUUUGAAACAUAAACUUAUUUUUCAGUUCUGUUUUGUUAAGGAGAUGUAAAUUAACACAAUGAACUUGCAUAAGGUGCAAGGGAAAAACUCCUAAAUCCAAAGUUGGACAACACCCAUCUGUGAUUUUUUUUCUUAUGGACAAGCAUGACUACCUUUGCUUUUUAUGUGUCUUGAGAAAUAGAGAAGCUAACUACUUAGAGCAGAAUCUAUAUUCAGGAGAAUUUUUCUAUUACCUGGAGAUGGGCUUUGCAGUUUGAGGAUUGCAUCCUCUCCAACUGUUAGGCAACAAUUUGACUUCAGUUGAAUAUUUUUUACCUAGUACAGUACACAGAUUAAAUUAAAGAUGCUGUGUUUCUCUUUAGCUCAACGCUCUGCCUACCCACUAAUCUGUGUUGCAUUUAAGGCAUGAGAUAGAACAAGUCAGAACUCAUUUUUACAGAAAUGGUCAGUGGCCGUUGCUUCUUUAUCCCAAAAUCCUAGGUGUCUAACCUGAUAUCUGUAGCAUUUUGGAGGGAUUAACAGAGCCUGAAAUCUGUGUCUUGGAAUGGAGUAUACAAGCUGUCUUUGUGGCUGCACCACCAGCCUAAUUUUUGUACCUUUUUUGUUCUUCACACCUCCCUACUUUGGGCUUCGCCUGAUGAAGAAUUGUGGAGAAUUUUAAAGUAUGACACAAUUUUGUUAUAUUUGGGUUGGUUCUAAUAAAGGUAUUGUCCAGCCGUGGACCAGAGUUUUUUUCUUUUGAAUAAACUCAAUUCAACAAACAUUGUAUUCUUCCUAGCUGCACAAGAGGAGAAAGCUUGCAAGCCCAAUUCUUUGGAAGCUUAUCCACAUAGCGCUAAAUUAUGGUUUAGCAUGGCAAAUGAAUUAGCCUGAAGGCAACACCAGUGGCCCUCCAGAUAUUGUUGUAGUCCAAUUUUCUUUAGCCCCGCCUGUAGGGCCAAUGGUUAGGGAUGAUGGGAGUUGUAGUCUAGCAAUAUCUAGAAGGUCACAGGCUUCCUGCGAUUAAGGCCCAUUUAAUACAGUAGGACUUACUUCUGAGUAAACAUCCAGAAGUCAGGAUGUAAUGUUAAUUACAUCAAACUGUGCCCUUCCACUUUAAUAGAAAGCACUUGGAGGAUUCUUCACUUGUAAAUGAAUAUGAUAUCUGUAUGUAAACUGAAUAAAUGCAAAAAGUUUUGUCUUCAAUUUUAUUCAAUAUAUUUUGUAUUUUCAAUAAAAAAUUUAGGAGCAGUUGAUAGUUUGAUGCUUCUUUCCUUUUAUGAAUGAAGUUAAACAUCUUUACUACAGUAAACUAAGUUCUUAUAUUAAAAAUUUACCACAGUAAACUAGGUUCUUAUAUUAAAAGUGAGGAAGGAAAGGUGGCAUUAAUAAUCUUUUUUAAAAAUAAUAAUAAUGGGACAAAGAUACUGCUUUUUAUAGCCACGGUUGAGACGGUGUAAGAGAUGGAUGCCUUGAAAAUGACAUAUCUAUGGUGCAUCUAAAUAAAACUCUGGAAUGUGGAUCAUAUUACAGCAAAGUUAAUUAAGGUUUUUUUCCCCUUAUCUCUGUCUGCAUAGGAGUGUCUUCUGUUUAACGAAAUCUGUGUUGACAGACAACUAGUAUUUAUUAAAAGGGGAUUGGCUCCACUGUACUCAGCAAUAUGAUCUAAGCAAAGAUGAGGAGCAUUUAUGUGGCUUAUUAAUAUGUCUUCCUCCCUAAGUUUAUUACAGUAACUAGCUAAGUGUCCAUCAGGGUGAUAGGCAGGGAUAGAAGAGAAAUGACUGUGAGGGCUCCAGUAAAGGCGCAUUUGCGUUGUUCUGCCUUUCCUAGUAAGAUUGCAGCCUAAACAUUGUUUGUACUAGUCAAAUGCAAUCAGGUAGUUAGCAGUAUGACACAAUGCACUUUGAUCUGUGGUUAUAGAAAGUGAAAAGCUGAUCUUCCAAAAAUAAUCUGUGUGGGUGGAAGCAGGGCUUGCCUGGCGCCAACAAGCAUUUCUCAGUUUUAGGCUUAAAAUAAAAAUCCACCCCACCCGAAAUUGUAGAUUACAAAGGCAAAGUUGUUUUCAAGGCAGAACAGAAUUUGCUGAGCAAAGUUGAGAGAGAAAAAUACCUGAAAACAUUUUUUAUAUAUAAAAAAGUCUGUCUAUCAACCAUCUUCUGAACUGAUUAGUUUUAUCAUCAUUCAAUGAACUUGAUUAUAUUGCUUUAUUUCGACUUAUAACUUGUUCCAUUUUCAUGGUGAAUUAGCAAUAUAAAUCUAAUUAAGUCACUGGUGCAAGGGCAGCCAAUGUGGUGUCUUUUAGAUGCUGCUGCUAUGACUCUUAUCGAUCCCAAAUAGUGAGUUCAUGGAUGAUGGGAGUUGGUCCAUUUAUAGGGCCACAUGUUUCCCCUCUCUGUGACAGAAGAGUCACUUUAAUUAAACAAAUCAAGUUGACAGGCUUGUUACAUUGUAACCCCUCUCUUCCUCCAAGAAUCUCCAGGAAUGUAAGGUGGGCUAGCCUUAAAACAGCCCUCUAAGAAUAGUAAGGCUUGGAAGGGGGAGGCCAGGAGAGCCUGCAUACACCCCUCCUUGCACAACAAGUGCCAUGCAAGAAAGGUCGGUUGCCUCCCAAACUAUUUGGUAUUUUCUGCCACCACCCUCCUCCAACACUCUAGACAGGAAGGAAUUCUGGGAGAUCAAUAAUAAUAAUAAUAAUAAUAAUAAUAAUAAUAAUAAUUUAUUAUUUAUACCCCGCUCAUCUGGCUGGGUUUCCCCAGCCACUUUGGGUGGCUUCCAACAGAACACUAAAAUAUAAUAACCUAUUUAACAUUAAAAGCUUCCCUAAACAGGGCUGGCUUCAGAUGUCUUCUAAAAGUUUGGUAGUUAUUUUUCUCUUUGACAUCUGAUGGGAGGGCGUUCCACAGGGCAGGCGCCACUACUGAGAAGGCCCUCUGCCUGGUUCCCUGUAACUUGGCUUCUCGCAGCGAGGGAACCGCCAGAAGGCCCUCGGCGCUGGACCUCAGUGUUCGGGCAGAACGAUGGAGGUGGAGACGCUCCUUCAGGUAUACUGGACCGAGGCCGUUUAGCCCUGUUUUUCCUGAUAACUUGAGAGGGAUUUGGCAAAGAAGUGGAGGGUGCACCAGGUGUGUUGCACUUCUUAGCCAAAUCCCUCUCAAGUUAUCAGGAAAAACAGCUGCCUUUCCCAAGCUGGGGUUCAGCACAGCCUGCUCUUUCCCAAUGAAACCCCACUCUUUCCCCCAAGUAGUAUGCUUCCAGCAGCUAGGCAAGUGGGAGAUUACAAGAACCCUAGAGUUUGGCAUAAACAUGCUUGAGACCUCAACAGUUUUAUUAUGAAAUUGUAUUAAGAAUAAAAAAGGAAGAGAGGAGGACAGGUGGUCACAGCAGAAUAAGGAAACUGGAUUUGAAACAACAAGGUUCCUUUUAUCAAACCUAAUAUUGCUGCUUGCAACAGACUUCUGGUCUUCUCCUGAGCAAUCUCAGAUGCAUGGUCAGUUGCCACAGCCCUCUUUGUAAGCUGGCAUUUUUUCAGCUAAUCAGAGCACUGGUCACACUUGCUAGGUAGUCUUUAAACACCUUAAGGAAAGGUGGGGGUUGGGUGGCUGACAGACACUUUGGGGUAUCUGAGGUGAUGACAGACACCUCUUGGAGCAGGGGAAAAUGUUUGUUGUGGUUAUUGCUGGUGAAGAUUUCCACCAGAAUUUCUCAAUCUUUCCUCCAGACAGGACCUGUCCUUUGCUUGUUUAUUUUUUGAGUUUAGUGGGAAGGUUAUGCCUGUCUUCCUUGGGUGAAAUGGUGGACAGGAGGAGAUCAGGACUUUUCAAAUCUGGGAUUCAUUAUUAGACGACACUGAUCGUUGUGCACAAAUGAUGAAUGUUGGGUGCAUGAAGUAACUAAUAUUUGUUACUCUGAAGAUUAAUAUUUGUUAAUCUGAAGUAACUAAUAUUUGGCUGUUGUGGUCAUGUGGUUUGCUAUUAUACUUUGAAAAGUUAACAUUUUCUAUGUAUGUGUCUAAUGGAAAUAAUUCCUUGCCACAUGGAGGCAUUUGUAAAUCUGUGGGGGGUUUUUUGGGGGGCAGGGGGAGAGAAACCACGAUGCCUGAAUAGUUUUAAGCACUAAAAAGCUGAUAAAUGUUUGUAACACAAUGUAUUAGUUGAUAGAAAUUGUUAGGCUUACAAUUGAUAUAAUUUAGAGAACUUCCAUGUUGGCUCCCCUUCUCCACCGGUAAUGGUCUGUUGAUGCAGUUCUUAAGUUAAGCAAUUUGAUGUUUUUGGAAACUUGCUUCUAUACACAUGGAAAUUGGUUCAAUAAAACAUGUCAUUGACCUAUGUUGCAUCUGAUGUGUCCAGAUCAAUAUGGCAACAAUUGUCUCUGUAACAAAUACCUUUUGGUUAAUACUCAGAUACUACUAUAUAGGAUGCUAAAUCCUUUGAAGUAGUCCCAUUCAGUGUAGUAACGUUAAAUCUGUUUUGUUGUGGUUUUGUUUCAGGAUUAGAACUGUAUAUAAAUCCAACUGAUAUUGUAAAGCAGGCUGCGUACACAACUUGGAUAAUAACAUUGCACAAAAAAUAGUUUUAUUUCUUCAUCUCUAUGGCAACUCACCCUCAAAAUGGUAUUUAAAGUGUAGAAUGUUUUUUAAUACUGGAAAAAGUUCAUUGGCUUAGAGUGAUAUAUUUCUUCCCCUCCUUUUAAAAGUAGGUUCUUUAUAGCUCUAAAUUAUUAAGCUACUCUCACUCCAUAUUGUGUUAAUAUCUGCUGAGCUACUCUUUCCAAAUCCUUUAUUUGUUACUUAAAUCUGCCAGAAGAUUAAAUAUUUGUAUACAAGAUUAAGUAGCAGUAGUCUUAAGAGUGCCUGCCAGAAGUAUUUGGCGAAAUUUGUUCUUCCCUCUGAAAACUCAUACUGCAGUAAAUAAGUCUUUAAUGUAGCACAGAUCUUGGUCUCAUUGCAUCAGAGUGACAUGAUGGUUUUAUUCUGUUUGUUUUCAAUCUUAUUUUCCUACUGGAUCUUUAAAUAUUAUGAGAAUUUUACUUGUAAACUAUCCAGAGAACGUCUGUUACUGAAAGACAUAAAUAAUGAAAAUAAAUGACUAAAGACUUUUCUAGAAUGUGUUGAAAAUAUUUUUACUUUUGGCUCUGUAUGUAAGAGCUGGCAAGGGCUCUGUUAACUUGCAAGAUUUAACCGCUUGUUGAUUAUAUAUAAAAUAAAUACUAUUUGCCUCACAUUGUGUUUCAGUGUUUGCUUUUGUGUUUAUAUUUGCCCUAGGUUUACAUAUACAAUAGUCUUGAAACAGUAGUCCUGGAAUAAAAUACAAAAAAGUUACAAGGUGGGUUUUAAAAAAAACCAUCCCCCCCCCCCCCGUUCAACAUAUGAUUUGCUAACUUUGUAUUUUUUAUGUUUGCAACAUGAAAGCUCUAAAAAUUGACAUAUUGGAGGAUAAUUUGGCAUGCAUGUUCAGGGUGAAAGUCUGUAUUUCAGAUUUGAUUACUAACUGUGUCUGAACACCUGUUUAAGGGCGACAGUAAAGAUGCAAAUAGAAUGUAAUAUCUUGGAAUAUUGGAAUGAAAGUUGGUGAGCACAUUCAUUUUGCUUUGUAGAAAGCCCAGUUCAGUUGCUCCCACUCUUUUGCCAGGGAGGGUGAUGUGUGUGCACAAAACCAAUUGAACUGGACUUUGCAAAGCAGAGUAAGUAAGGCAUUUUGAGCAUUUUAGCUGCAGUUUUAGAUUUCCUUACCUGGUGGUGAAUGCAGUAACCUGUUUCCUUACCUGUUUGUAAUGCAGUAGCCCUGACGACUGUGAUGCAUGAUUCAAAUUUGGUACCUAUGUUCAGGACAGAUAAAAAUGCAGAAUAUCUCCCUUGAAAUCUUGCCUGAACAUGAUUUCAGUUGCCCUCAUAUGCAGUUUUUGAGCUGCUCAUUAGUUGGUUCCUGUGGCAAACAGGAUGCUGGACUAAGUAGGCUUUUGGUCUGAUCCAGCAGGGCCCUAUUUGAUUUUAGUUCAGGACAACAUGUUAUAUUUUCACGUUCAUAUCCCCUUUUAUAGCCACCCCAUCCCACAGCACACAUGUUUUCAAAAGGACUAGAAAGAUGGAAGAAUAUAAUUGCAAUGCAACAUCUGUCUUGAAGAUUGUUUUCUCCCUGAAGUAGCAGGCUUGUACUGUGGAGAUAUUCCUGAAGGGCUAGAUGGCAAGUGUGGCCAUGAGUGCCUUUUACCACCUUUGUCCUCUAUGCCAACUGCAUUUUUGUUAAAGGAACCAGAAAUCAGAGCUGACCUCCGUUAUUUUAUUCUCUGUUCACUUCCAGAUUAGACAAUUGUGUAAUGUGCACAAUUGCGGGGUAGCCUUUUGAAGAGAGUACAGAAGAAUCUGGGGUUUUAAAACCUGUCUCAGUAAACUUAUUUUGAAAGCUGAUUUCUGCACACUAUUUUUUAGAAUGUUGUCACUGAUAUUUGCCUCCCCACCUGGGUUCUAGCUUACAAUCUGCCUUGGAUAUUUGACAUGCAAUAUAUAAAUCCUGAUAACAAAUAAAGGUUGCCAUAGUUAUUAGAUGAUUACAGACUAUGUAACAUGGUUGAGAAAUUGAGAGGUAAGCAGGAAGGAAAGCGGUUAACUGAAAGUUAAUGGGAAAAUUAGCUGAAUUAUUAUUACAUAAUAAAUGUCUGUUAGGCUGGCAGUAGUUAGGAUUAAAGAUAGCAAGAGAAUGGGUUUGAACCUUUCAAUAUACAAGAGACAAUCUCAUUUGGAAACAGGAACCUCUCCUGGCCAGCUUCAUGGCAGGCAGCCCACAGUGGGGUUUUAUUUUUCAAACUAGAUUCAGAAUAGUUUUGUAUCACAGGUUUGCUUCAAAAAUCUUUCAUCACAAUGGAAUUAAAAUGCCUAUGGAAUGUAAAUGGGUAACUAUGUUAAAGGUAACAGUGGACAAGAUACAGUUCAGCUAGUUUGCUUUUCAAGUAGUACUAGCUACUUGUAUAAUACAAAUGCUUUGACUGCAGGCCUCCCUCCCUCCCCCACUUAUUCAAUGAGCGCAACUUAACUCCCCAUGUUUUUGUAAGGUUAUGCUGAUAUUCAUCUUAUGUUCUUUCUUUCAGCCACUUUAAAAGCUUGAGGUGUAAUAAUGGCCAACAUGACAUGAAUAGAAGGCACAUAGUUAUGCGGCUAUCUGAUUAUAGGCAUUACUAAGGCUUUGGGGCUCUUAUUUGUUCAGUCCUUUUGGCAAGUUAUUUCCCCUAUUGAAUUGUGCAUACUGUGGGUUUCUAGAUAAACUGCUUGCACAGAAAAGGUGGUAAUUGGAGAAACCCAGUCCUUUUGUUAAACUCUUUUUAAGCAGAAGAGCUGUAUGUUCCUACUCAGUCUCUCCAGGAGGCUGCUGCUUGUCACUUCACUGCUACUUUGCCGAUUUUUCCCACCCAUUUCUUUCUUAUGGCACUUAAAUGCUGUUUGUUUUUGUGCAUGAGUGGCAUUCUGCAAAAAGAACUCACAAAACCUUGGGUACAUGCGUAUGGCCCACUCCUUGUUUGAAGGAAUUAGCACGUGUCUGGAAGUCAUUUUUGUCUGAUACAAGGAGUAGCCACAAUCACUGGACAGAAGUUGUGUGCACAGAACGCUAAGAGUGUGCCAAGCAUUUUCUCCUUAGCUGAACCUCAUAGCUGCUUUUUAAAGUUAUUGAAUAAAUAAGUACAUAUAAUUAUGAUAUAUCAUACCACAACCUUUGGUAAUCAUUGAUAUCAAGUGUAGGGGGCGUGGGUUUGUCCUGUUCAAAUCUGAAAGGCCUUUUGAUGCAAGCAACAUCUUGAGAUAAGGGAUUUCUGUGGUGCAACUGACAUGCCUCUGGAUUUGGGAUUGGCUGAUAAGUGGAGUAUGCAUUUUAGUGCAAGCUGAACAUUUUGUACAUGCGUGAACACACACACACACACACACACACGCAAGAGUAUUUGGCAAAAUUAUAUCUGAAUUGGGUAUAAUUUUCAUAGCUCUUCCAAAAAUAGGAUACAAGAACAUUUGCAGAUGCUUUUAACUACUGCUGUAUAAAUAGCAUUUAAAAAAUUUAACUAUGAAAGAUAUUACUGCCUGGGAGUAUGCUGUUGGCCCUUGCAACACCAGAUGAAGAAGUCCCUUUCCAGAGAGAGUUUACCAGCUGGCACAGGGCUAGGGCUCAGCAGCAUUUUCUGAUAUUUCGAAUCAUUAAGAGUUUGUACUGAAUUGUAUUGUUUGAUUAAUUUGUGCCUUCUUUUAUAUACUCUUGUUCUUUUGAUAUGAUCACAAUUACCGUAAUGUUAAUUUUAAAUGUUACUAGGGUGAGCUGCUUUGAGUUCAGCAUUAUUGUUGGAAAAGCAGAAUACAAAUAUUAAAAUACUAAGUGAAAUCAAAUGGUUUUUUGUUUUUGGCUUUUUAAACGGUUAAAGUUGUAUGCUCUGCUCUGUGAGAAAUUUUAAAAAUGUAUUUCAUGCUUUAAAAAAAGCAUGUGACAUGAAUUAAGCUGAUUUGUGAGCCAGCAUAAGAGAGCUAGAAACUCAUUUAGCUUUGAUUCCUAUCUUUGACAGUACAGUAAAUUCUGCAUCUGGCCUUUAAAGGGAUUUAAAAUGGGAUUAGGCUAUCAGCAAUGAUAGGUAUAUGAAACCUCCCUGUUCAGAGGCCACCGAGUUCAGCUGCUGUAUGGGGGCUCUUUGCUUUAAUGUCCUGCUGGUGGUUGUCCCAGAGGCAUCUUGUGGUUAUUUUGGAGAAUAAGAUGUUGGCCUGGAUGACUCUGUCACUGAUCUAGCAAUGAUGAAUGCUCUAAUUUAAAAAGGGUUUUGGAUAUACUUCUCUGUCUCUCUAUUUAAUAUGGUUAAAUAUAAUAAUAGUAUUAAUUAAUUAUACCCCUCCCAUUGGUUACAGGCUGAACAAAAUCCCACAAACAGUUGAGUGAUGUUCAUUCAGGUUUCCUAUAAUUCUCCCCAAGCACAUAAUGCAAUACAGAGUUUGGAAUGUGUGUAUCCAGUUUGAAUGAUGUGCUCAUGAAAUAUCUCGUUGAAAUCCGGACAUGCUUAGACUGUCUAGGAUCAUCUUCUCUCCAAAGAAACGUUCUCUCCCAUCAGUGGAUUUUACUAGAUAAUCUAUCUGCCUGUAGUGUGUUAUUAAAUGAGUUGCCCUACUUAACUAGAAUAAAGGUAAAGGGACCCCUGACCAUUAGGUCCAGUCGUGACCGACUCUGGGGUUGCAGCGCUCAUCUCGCUUUAUUGGCCAAGGGAGCCGGCGUACAGCUUCCGGGUCAUGUGGCCAGCAUGACCAAGCUGCUUCUGGCGAACCAGAGCAGUGCAUGGGGGAAAAAAAACUUAACUAGAAUAGGACAUGCUUAAACAAAAGGUUUUUAAUGCUUUACCAUUUUCAGAUUCAGCAUUGUUUUCACUGGAUAAACAUGUGUUACAAUGCACUACCAAAAAAAAAAAAGUUGGAUCCAAAGGAGAGGGAAAAGGAUAUGAGCAGUGUUCUUCAAACACUUGCACAACACUGUUCUAGCAGGACACAAUGCUUCGUGGUUUGGGUGUGCUUUUGUAAGUAGAACAUUCACUUUUGUAUUUAGCUGCACUUUUCUCAUAUAGUGCUUUGUACUAAGUAUACAGCAGCCCUUCAGUGAGCUGAAGCCAUCUUCCAUCUGUGGAAAUGCGUCUUCAGCCAUAGCUUCAGUAGGCAGAGCAGAAUAUAUGAUUCCCCCAAACCAAGAUAGUUAAUCAAGCAGGGAACUCAGCACAGAGGUUAGUUGGCUCAGUUGACAGCUAAUCCAUUGAGGUUAAUGGAAGAUUAAUUAGAAAAAAGGGGCCUGCAAUAAUCUGUUGAUAUAUUGUUCAAAUGUCAAAAAGUAACGUACCACAGCAAUACAGAGCAGGAGAGUAAGAGAGGUGCUUGUCAUAAGAUGUUCCUUUUCAACCUCCUCUUGCUGGCUGCCAUGUUUGUGUGUAGCAUAGAACCUACUUGAAAACAAACAAACAAACAAACAAACAAAAUCUGGAGAGCGCAAUCACACAUUCUUCCUUUUUAGUAUUCCUCCUUUGUCAUAUUUGUACAAAAAGGAACCUUAAGCUGUGUAUUAAUUACAGGGGGAAAUAUGAAUAGAGGUCAGAAUGUGCAUGUUUGCUUUCAGUUGAAUUCUUAUAUAUGGAGAAUGGGGUCAAAUUCAGGUUUGGGGCAUUUGUGUCACAAAUGUCCUGCAGGCUUUGUUUUGCUUUUAUUUGCCUGUUGGAGACUGGCAGAGGAGGGACAGAAAGCUCAGUCCUUCCUCUGGUACUCCACUUGAUUUCUGUGUUUGACGCAGAACACUUCACACAAACACCCUGUAUCAGUUCACUAACUUGCCUGAAUACUAUUCUUUAACACUUAUGACUACUGAGAGAGUGCUUAAAUAUAACAUUGUAAAUAUACUUAGUUAAGAUAUAAUGACUUUCUCAUUCAGCUGUUUUUCACCUUAAGUAAGCAAGGCAAUGAAAUCUAUUGACUUAAACCAGUGGUGUCCAAACUUUUUCCAGAGAGGGCCAGAUUUGAUGAAGUGAAGUAGAAAGGCAAGAUAUACAUGUUUUAGUAAACAACAAAUAUAUUUUUUCUUGUUCCAUUCUCAUGCUCCCGCUGGAAGACCUAUGAAUAAGUUUGAGGUACCCACAGUAGUACAAAUCCCCAAAGGCAGGCAAGUGCAAGUUUGUAAUUCUGCUACAUUCCUGGUGCCUCAUUGAAAACCCACAGGCUAAUUCCUCCUCUUAUUUCUAAAUUCCUUAGUGUAAAAAUUUCAUUUUCAGCAAUUAAAGGAAAGGACAGUUUUAAGAACUAGUUAAAAAGAAUGUUGACCUUUUUGUGACUUUGUGUAAUGGGUGAUGUCAAAAGCAGUUUAAACAUCUGAAACUUUUCCAGCACAUAUUCUUUUGCAAGAAAUGUUGCUUUGCCUUAUUCUCUGAAUCGUUAGCAUAGACGUUUGUUUAGUAAAAGGAGGAGCUUUAGGGAUAUAUGAAUAUUGUGUCAAAGCAAAGGAGAAAUUGCAACCUGGCAAAUGGUGACAGAAGCCAGAGUGCACGGAAAUGCCUUUUACCUUCCCGCCGCAGGAGUACCUAUUCAUCUACUUGCACUGGUGUGCUUCGAACCACUAGGUUGGCAGAAGCUGGGACAGAACAACACAUGCUUACUCUAGUCGCACAGAUUCAAACUGCUGAACUUCUGAUCAGCAAGCCUAAGAGGCUCAGUGGUUUAGAGUACCUAGCCAUCCACCCCCAAUAAACAGCUAAUUAGAGCUUACUACACCUUCCCCUCUGACUCAGUUUCAGGAGAAGGAAAAUGUAAAUAGAAUGAGAUAAGUGCUGCUUGCAGAGAAAAAGACCACAUUCCCAGGGCACAUUCCUCUGAUUCCAAGUUGGUAUCUGAAUUUACUUGGAGUUGAUCAGCACAGAAAUGAUGCAUACAGUGGAGCCAUUCAGAUGUUUAUAAUGUCAACCACCCUAUUUAUAUAAAGUAAGGAAGGCUGUAUUCUUUAACCUUUCCUUGUAUAGAACUCCUCCGUUUUGACAGCUGCCCUUUUCUGUAUUCUUUCAUAACUUCUUUGAGAUGGAGUAAGCAAAAACGUGUGCAGUAUUCCAAAAGGAGCCGCUAACCAGGGUGCAUUUGUUAUCCAGCUCUUGAAUCUGGUUGCAAAUAAUAAUUUAGAAAACAUAACAGUUUGCAUUAAGACAGAUCACUGUAGGUGCUAGCAUAACACUGAUUCAUUAUUAUUAUUAUUUUUUUACACAGAGUGAACACAUACUUGUGUAGCCUGAUCCUACUAUAGUUAUUACUUGAAGGUACACUGGCCCAAUAUUGCUGCUUUUCAGUAGUUAUGUAGGCUGGAGAAACUGUAAGCUUUCCUUUAUAGCUUCUUGAGAGAGGACUUUGAGAGUUCCUUUUUGAAAACUAUCUGAAACCUGGUUUCUAGAAGGAAGAACGGACUAAAUCUGUCAGCAACAUGACAUUUUCUGGAUUUUACUAAUAAGGAGUAUAUAAGGCCCCGUAGCAGUUUGGGACCAGUUUACUCGAAGAACUGCUUUCAUCUGCAGAACUGGCACUUUUCCAAGUGCUGCAUGAAGAUGGUUGUACAGUUGCAAGUAAAUCCAUCUUGGAAUGUGGCAGCACCUAGUCUCAGGAAUGCCCUGGCUAUUAAUAUUAGGCCGGCCUCCUCAUUGUACUUUCAAUACCUGCUAAAACCUUUUUUGUUUAAGCAAGUCAAUCCAGACAUGUAAUUUCAAUAUGUGUAGGUAUAUGUUUUUAUAAACUAUUGUUUUUAUCUAUUUUUGAUUAUUUUAUUAUGUCAACUGUUUUUAAUGUUUGUUUUUGUUUCCAUUUGUUUUUAACAAAUAGUAAAACACUUAGGAUUUUUUCCAUUUAGUCAUAUAAAAACCUGCUAAAUCAAACUAAGUUAAUGAAGAAGUAUGGUGCUUGUUCAAGUUUUUUUAAAAAAAAUAUUUUAUUAAGGAUUUUCUUGUUUUACAGAAGUACGUGUAAUGCCUCGUAUUUCCCCCCCCCCCAUGUAACAUUUUUACAAAUCCGUUUCAUUUGUUGAGGCAUUAGGGGGAGAAGAAAAAAAGGAAAAAAGAACGGGGGGGGGGUGAGAGGGAAGAUGGAUGGGGGUGGGGUUGGGUGGCGGUGUUUCUAUUAUGUUUAAUGUAUGUAGAGUUUGGUGUCAGCGUUGCUUGUGUUGUUCACUUGUGUUCCUUUGGUGGUGAGAGAGGUUGGGGUUGGCCUUGGGUGUGAUUGUUUGCUUGUGAUUGGCUGUGGUGAUCUUUGUUUUCGUGUGUGAGUGAGGUGGGUGGGUGUUUUGGAUCAGGUUAGCCAUAUUGAUUUGUAUGCUGUUGGUGGAUUAUUGUCAUUGUCCUGUUGGGCUGUGUAUGUGAUAAAGGGGAGCCAUACCGGGGUGAAGGCGUCUUCUUCUGUUUGUCUCUGUGUCAGUUUCAGUUUAUUAGUUAAUUUUUCUAGUAGGGCUGUUUCCCAUACUAUUUGGUACCAUUGGUCCAUGUUUACUCCUGACAGGUCUCUCCAGUGUCUGGUUAUGGUGUUUCUGGCUGCUGAAAGUAGGUGGGUUAUGAGUACUUUGUGGUGUAAAUGGGCAUUGUUGUAUUGGAAGAUGUUUAGUAGGGCCAAUUCUGGGGUGAUGUCUAUUACUUGCUUAGUUAUUUUACAUAUUUCUUGUAUGGCUGUUGUCCAGAAUAGUUGGAUUUUGGGACACUCCCACCACAUGUGGAGGUAUGUGCCUGUGGAGGUGCACCCUCUCCAGCAUUUUGGUGAGGUUCCUGGGUGUAUUAUCGCUAGUUUCCUUGGUGUUAGGUACCACCUGUAGGUGAGUUUCAGUGUGAGUUCUUUUCUUUUUGUUGAUAUGGAUUUAAAGGGGGGUUUAGACCACAUUCUGGUCCAUUGAGUGGGGUUAAUCUCAUAGCCUAUGUCAUUUUCCCAUUGUUUUUUGAUUGCAUCUAAGGGAUUUGCGGGAUUUUAGAGUAGUAUUUUGUAUAUUGCGGAUACCGUCCCUUUACUGUUUCCCUUUGUUGUUAGGAGGAGGUUUUCGAAGGUUGUCAGGGGCCUAGUUGCUGCUGAUUUUACUGUUGGGUUGUUUAAGAGGGCAUGUAGUUGGUGUUGUGUUAACCAGGGCAUUUGGGUGUCUUCUAGUUUGUCUUGUAUUUCUUGUGUUGACAAGGGUUUGUUAUUUUUAUAAAAGUCUAUUAGGCGAUAUAAGCCUUUGGUUUGCCAGGUUUUUAUCUGGAGGUUUUGUGGAGGUUUUGUGCUGCAUGGUGGAAUAAUGGGUGGUACGCCAGGGGGAUUAGUGGGGAUAGGGUUGGGGAUAGUUUGCCUAUUUGUGUUUUCCAUGCUUUGAGCAUGGUCUGUGUGUACCUGUUAAGUGUUGUGGGAAUUUUCUUUAGUUUGUUUGGGAGGAGUGGGUAUGUUGUGGUGCAGGUAUUUUCAAUUGUGUCCCUCUCUAGGUGUACCCAUUGUUUUGUCUCAUCUUCUAGUAUAUAUGGGAUUAUAUGGCGUAUUUGGUUGGCAUUGUAUUAUGCUUCUAUGUUGGGGAUUCCCCAUUCUCCUUCUGAGGUGGGGAGGUGCAGGUAUUUGAGACUUAUUCUUGGUUUCUAUAUUCAUCACUCUAGAAUUUUGAUAGAUGUUCCUCUGCCCUGAAAAUCAUUUCUAAGAGGUCCUCUCAACCCUUUGCUUCCAAGUGAGACUGGAAUCAGUUUUUUUCUUAUUGAGGGCAGUUCCACAAAAUAAUGAUGAUUGAUGAGUGACAUUUAGCAAGUCUGAGAAAUAUAUUUUAAUGUCUUUUAUUUCCUUAAUUUCUAGAUGAGCACAAUGACGUACAAAAGAAAACCUUCACAAAAUGGAUAAAUGCUCGCUUUUCUAAGGUAAGGGUGGCUUAAAACCUGAUAAGUAUAUACAUAACCUUUACCCUAGCUUUUGACAGCCAAGAUGUGCAUUUUCAAGAAACACCAUUUUCCUGUGACUUAUUAUUUUUUCUUCUGUGUUUUUAACACUGAAUUUUAAAUUGUUGUAGCCCACCCUGGGACUUGUUGGGUGAAGGGCAGAUAAUACAUUUACUACUACUACUACUGUUAUAUUGGGUUACAAUGCAUAGUCUUUUCAGAUCAUCCCUAACAAGCUAAACAAUUACAUCCGCAGAGUGAUUUGUAAUGUUAUAAAGGUUGUCUGCCACCCCUAAUCUCUGCUGAGUGGUAGCCAGAUUCCAGGGGUUUCCAGAUGGUUACCCAGGAUUGUGUUUCCGUUGAGAAUCAAGGCACAGCCGAGACUGUGAUGUCUUUAAGAAAUAUGGUUUAUUUUACACAUAUUUACACCGGAAGCUUUCAAUGGAGGGAGUGCAGAGUUUAGAGGCUUUCACAUCUCAAGGGGGGCAUGUUCUCCACAGCAGUACAGCAUUGGAUUCCAAGAUGUCUCUGAUUCAGCCUGCCUUCAGCCAGCACGACAAGAUGGUUUUGACCUUCAGCUCUCAUAUGAAGGUCUACCUUUUUCCUGCUUCUCCUUCCCAGAAAACCCCUUGCCAAGCAGCUUCUCCCCCUUCCCACACUAUUCCAUGCCUAGCUUUAAAAGGUGACAAUUUACCUUUGUGACACAGUGCCCACAUUGCCUUGGCAACCUCCCCCCUCUUGCCUGUGGAGUCUUUUGUCUUGUAGAUGGGUUAAUGGUCGGCAAUCAUCUCCCUUUGCCCCUAUGUCUGGCUGACAGAAAAACAAGCUCCGCCUGACAGUUCUGAUUAAACCCAGCACCAAAGAUUCUAUAGGAGGAAAUCUGGCACCAAGGGAUCUGGGGCAUCCCUGUUCCCCCACUAACCAGUCUUCCCCAACUUGGUGCCCUCCAAAUGCUUCAGACUACAGUUCCCAUCAACCUCCUCCAAGCUAGCACAGCUAUAGUUUGAAGCAUCUGAAGGGCACCAGGUUGGAGAAGUCUGCCUUAUGGUGCCGUUUCUUGCAUUCCCACUGUGAAGAGGCAUUGUACAACAACAGCAGCAGAAUUGUCGAGCUAAUAUCCUUUCAAAAACAAAACAAAAACAAAUUGUGACGCAUGAUUAAAUUCAUUCAUAUGCCAGGAGUCAUAGUUCUGUCCAUAGCAGUAUCGGGAGAAUUUAAUGUUGUCAUAUUAUAAUUAGAUUCUGCUUGCAAUAUCCUGAAUGCAUUAAAAUGGAUUUUGAAGAUUGCCUUUCUGUAUGCUCUGUCACAAUUUGACUUUAUGAAAACAUUCAGUGAACUUGCGUUCUGAUCGAGUACAACUGCCAAUUUCUGAGCAUUAUAAGCUGCUGAAGAAUUGUAGAGUUAUUCUAGAACAGUCCAAAGAGCUCACUUUUUAGCUUUCUUGUUUGACUGUUUCCUGCUUCACAAAAUUAUACUGGGUUACAUUUUAGAAUUGAAAAGUUGUGUUUCCCAACAGGGAAGAGAGGCAGGAAAGCAAAUAGGCAUUUUAAUCAGCUGAUUGGUGGCUUCUUUCGAAAGCCAUUUGCUGCAGAACUACUUCCUGCAAAUGAAGCAUCUGUGUCUACAAAGGAAACAUGCUCCAUUAGCAGCAAGCAUUUUUAAUUCUGAUUGCUUCCUGCUGCAAAUACGAGUUUCCUCCCCUGCAGCGAUUUGAUUGAUUGAUGAUAAAGUGGCAUAGAAAUAUAAUCAUUCAAAUGAAUCGCAAAGUGGCUUACAAACAAUAACAAUAACAAUAGCAUAAUACAGGGGUCAGGAACCUUUUUCAGCCAUGGGCCGGUCCACCAUCUCUCAGAUCAUGUGGUGGGCUGGAUUAUACUGUAUUUUGGAAAAAAAAUACAUGAAUGAAUUCCUAUGCCCCACAAAUAAUCCAGAGAUGCAUUUUAAAUGAAAGCACACAUUCUACUCAUGUAAAAACACCAGGCAAGCCGCACAAAUAACCCAAAGAUGCAUUUUAAAUAAAAGGACAUAUUCUACUCAUGUGAAAACACGCUGAUUCCUGGACCGUCCGCAGGCUGGAUAGAGUAGGUGAUUGGGCUGGAUCCAGCUCAUGGACCUUAGGUUGCCCACCCCUGGCAUAAUAGAACAUCACAGAGCACAAAUAAUAUAGAACAAUUAAAAAAUCACCAGGAAAACAAUAACAAUCAACAAAACAACUGUAAUAUUUUUGUGGCAUAAAAUUUAAUAUCUGGAAGUCAGCACUGGGAUCAUUAGGAUAUUGUUGAUAGAGAAGUACAAAUAAGUAAGAAUGAGUGUAUGUGUGUGGGGGUGUGUGUGUGAUGAUGAUUUAUGUCACUUUUAUAAAAUUAUAGAUGUGAACCAUGAGGAUUUUAUUAAAACAUUAUAAUUUAGUUACUGGAUGCUCUAACUGCUUUUCAUUGUUAAUCGUGCAAUCAUUGUUCACCUUCUGAAUGUAUACAUUAAAGGAAAAUAGGAUUAUGUUGUAAUUUUUAUAUAAAACAAAGUAAUCAGGGAAAUUGGUGACAUCUGCAGCAGUUUUAUAGACAUCAUAAUAGCAUAAUUACUUCACAAGUCGCUUGGACCGCAGUUGUAUGUAUAUUUCAAUAGUUUUUGUGCAUUGUAGAAUACCUGCUUCUUUGUAUCAUCAGCUACAUUGAAAGUUGCUUUGGUAGUUUUGCUGCUGUUACAUUUUUUAUAGGGAGAAAAUUGAUUGUAGGUUUGUUCUCAUAAAAAUCAAGUACUUGUUGAGCUAAGUAAUCAAGUUAUAACUAUUUUGGUGCAGAAGACAAAACCAUCCUGCCAUAAGGAACAAAAGAAGAGACAAAGACAAUAAUUUGCAGUUCAGUGGACCACAUCUGUAUGAUAACUACUUUAUAUAUAUUCAAAAUGUCUCUCUUCAUUAAUGACUCUAUUCAGUGCUGUGGCCAGGAUCAAUGAACACAUACUUCAGUAAGGUUUCAUGUGCCAUCAAAUGCCUAGGCAGUGUUUCUCAAACUAGGCUCAGCAGCUGUUGUUGGACUACAACUCCCAUCAUCCCUAGCUAGCAGGACCAGUGGCCAGGGAUGAUGAGAGCUAUAGUCUAACAGGAACUGGGUACCCAAAUUUGAGAAACACUUGUAUAAAGUGUCUUUUGACCGCAGAGUUAUUAAAAAAAUUGAGGCACAGCACAUUGUCUUUUGCAUCUGCUUCCGUUUCAUGGCUUUGCAACUCUCUCUCCCCCCUUAAAUGUGAGAUCAGUAUAAAAGAGGAAUGUGGACUAAUUUAACUUAUAUAAUUAUAUAGAAGUGAUUCAGCAAAGCAAAUGCCUACAAAGGAAUUACAUAUACUUUCUAGCAUCAAUACAAAUAGAAAAAACGCAAGUUCUCUUUUAUUACAUAAAUAUAUUUCUGAAUAAAGUUGGUGCUCUAAAUUUAGAUACUGGAAAAAAUAUGCUCAGUUUCAUUUACUGAAAUUCUUCCGACCCUGCAGAGUGACCUUUCUGCUUUGUGAAUGGUUCCCACAUCAAAUUCCCAUGACUUGGGGGCAUGAUAUGGAAAAAUCUUGGUCCAAAUACGAAAGUAAAUAAUAGUUAUUAUGCAAGAUGAACCAGAAAUUUGUUUUCUGUCCCUAUACUAAGACUGUUUCUUGAACUUGCUGCUAAAUUAGUGUUACAUAGAAACUUGCAAGCUUUCUGUGGUAGAAAGAUCAUAUAACAAUAUGUGGAAUGGGAGAAGUGAGAAGGAAUACCUACAGCACAGAACUGCUGAAAUAAGCCAAUGCUUCCCAUUUUUUUUUCAUGUGCCCCUAGUAAGCUCAGCUUUAAGGAGCUGGAUGUGCUUCAGAUGUACUGUAUCUUGCCUUGCCACUUGCCCUGCCUUCUUAUGGACCACGACUCUGUCAGCUGUGUGUUUUUUCUCAUUUUGUAGAUGCAGCCCAUACAGUGGUACCUUGGGUUACAGACGCUUCAGGUUACAGACUCUGCUAACCCAGAAGUAGUACCUCUGGUUAAGAACUUUACUUCAGGAUGAGAACAGAAAUCGCGCAGUGGCGGGGCAGCGGCAGCGGGAGGCCCCAUUAGUUAAAGUGGUACCUCAGGUUAAGAACAGUUUCAUGUUAAGAACGGACCUCCAGAAUGAAUUAAGUUCUUAACCCGAGGUACCACUGUAAUUGUAUGUUUAAAGAAUGACUUUGGGUUCCUACUAGUUUAUGACUAUUAUCUUCACACCUUAAUCCUAAACAUUUCUUUCUCCGCUUCCAGCAGGGCUGUGAAAACUGUGUCCCCCCUGCCCCCCAAGACUCCAAUUUCCAUUAGUCCUACCUAGCCAAGCAGAGUCAGUGAUCAGGGAUGAUAGCUGUUUUAAUCCAAUAACAUUUGGAGCAGGGUGGUCCAACACAUGGCACCCUCGAGGCUUUUUGUGCACUGCCCCCCCUCUGCAGCCCUUGUACUGCCUUCCCAAAGCCAGGUAAGCAAGGCGGUGGGCCAGAUUGUUCGCACGUAUAAGUGCCCGCGAUUUCUGGCGUCUGCAUCUGCGCAGACACAAUUUUUUGUGUUGGCGUCUGCGCAGACGCAAUUUCCGGCACCGCGGAAGUGAGCCCCUGCACCGGUUUAGCGGGCUGCUCAGUUUGGGGGCGGCUUGUGAGCCAGUUAAACGACCCCCGUGGGCCGCUUGUGACCCAUGGGCCUUAGGUUGCCUACCCUGUCCUAGAGUUUUCCAGUCUCCUUCCCAAAGCCUAUCUGGGGCUUUCCCAGCUUCGGGAAGGAGGUGGGAGGGCUCUAGGAUUCUGCCGGAGUCUUGUUUCUUCUUCCCAAAGCCCCGUUCCUUGGUUAUCUUGCUUUGGGAAGGCAAUGUGAGGCAGCACCAAAUUUUGGCCUCUCUCUCUUGCCCCCUCACCCCACCCAACAAGCAGUGUGUGGCCUAUGGGUUCUGUGUUGAAAUAUUAUUGAAGCCCACUUGGUAUGAAAAGUUGGACCGCCCUAAUCUAGAGGGUCACAGGUUUCCCAUCCCUGGUUUACACUGUCAGUGUUAAAAGUGUUUUGAGGUGUGGUAGCAUUUACAGGUAUAUUUUAGGCACAUUUCCCUGCAAGACUUACAGACAGUAUAGCAAAGCUUAGUAGGCUUUCUCUGUGCGUUUCUGACAACCGUAAGUGGUGAAAAAUUUGGAAUCUACUCUUCCAGGUGAAAAUUAUUGCAGGAUAAUUUCAUAGCAGAUCAAGACUGUGAAGACAAUGGAUGAUAGUUGCUUUAAAUAGAUUGUUGGGAGGUUAUGUAGUGGUUGCCACCUUGGUGGCACUUUGGUCUAUAUAAAUAAUUUCACUGAGAAAUCUGGAAAGCUUGAACAUAUGCAGAGAGAACAAAAUUUGAGACAAAAUUAGUCAGAUUGUGGCUACAUCUUAUAUUUGUGUCAUUUUAUUCUUUGUGUGUGUGUAGAACUAAAUAUUAAGCACGAUGGGAACUAAGAUACCUACAAACUUCCCUUUUUUUGGAUCAUUUUACAAUGAUUCUAAAAUGUAUCUUGUUUUAUAGUGUGGAAAACCGCCAAUAAAGGAUAUGUUCACAGAUCUCCGAGAUGGGAGGAGGCUUUUGGACCUUUUAGAAGGACUGACAGGAAAUCCAUUGGUAAGCAAAGCAUUCUUCCAACAUGAAGAAAAUGAACUUCAAAUGUUGCGUGUAUAGUUAGAGUGGCAUCAUUCACUUAUUUAGAAUACUUUGCAGGCCUUUGCCUAUAGUUUAUGAAUGAGCACACUCAAAGUCAAUGUGUUUAUGUUCUUUGCAUCAGUUUGAACUUGCAUGUGGUUCUUGGAUUGCUAGUUUUUGCAGUUGUAAUAAAUUUAAAUAUGUGAUGGCAACAUUUUUUAAUCUAAUCAGCUAUGCUGAACAAUUAAUGCACCUUUCCUCUGAUGGAUUUCCACUGCAUUUUUUUUCCAGUAGAAGAAUGUGCAUAACAGAAUUAGCCCCUAGCUUAAGUUAGACAAUUUCUUCCCUUCAUACCUGAAUUAGGAGAGAAGGAAAAGAGAAGGGGAAUGUAUGUGAGCCUGAAGCUUGCUACAAUGUCUGUAGUUUCUAUUGUUACAUGUGAAUGCAACCAGUGUACGCCUAAUUUAGUUGUCUUCUAUUAAAAACAGUUGGUUCAAGCUGCCAUAAGCAAUGUUUAUCAUGCAGAAUUAUAAUUACAUAGCUUGGCUAAAAUAAAUGGAUAUACAUUUGGCUAGAUUUAAUACAUGUAUUCAGAAUGUAUUCAGAAAUUCUGUUUGAUCUUUCUUGAUCUUCUGGAGAGUAUUAUUUGUUAAAUAUCAUACAAUGAAAGGAAAAUUUGUGAUCUUAGUUCUCCUCUUAUAACUGAAAAUUGUUUGUUAUUUGAAGCUGAAAGAACGUGGAUCCACAAGAGUCCAUGCCUUGAAUAAUGUCAACAAAGUACUUCAAGUUUUACAUCAGAACAAUGUAAGUUUCUAAAAUAAAUAUUUGCUUAGAAGUUCAGUGCCCUUGAAUGGUCAGUGCCCCCGAAACAGGAGAAGAGAAGGUAACUAUGAAUUAAAAUUAGUUAACUACCAAUUAGACUGCAGCCUGAAAAGUCUUGUUGGUGACAGGGUGGGGUUGCGGAGAUGAAUUUCAUAAAAUUCAACUUGCUUACAACUUGGUUCCCAUAGUGGUUUAUACUUUGCAGAUGAGAAUGUGUAAUGAUACUUCACUUAUAAUUAGAAGAUAAUUUCUCCCCCAAGAAGUGAACUUGUAUUUCUUGUUCCUGAAUGCCUUUGGGCAUCAUUGAUGGAUAGAAUGCUAACUUAUUUUGAGGGGCUGAGUCAAAUUAUAAUUUACUUUCUAUAGACUUGUUAUCAAUAGUUAUCAAGUCUCCUGAACUGCAUCAGAAAAAACUAUCUUUUAAAAAUAACAAUGGAAAGCUUAAAAGUGAUUGCACAAUUAAGAAUGUUGUCUACUUUUGUACUGUUUAGACAUAUAAAGGUUUGGAUCUGAAUUUAAUUCUUGAUUUAAAGAGAGAUUUUCUGCCCUUCCUUCCUUUACAUUUUCCCCAAAAUCUGCUUCUGGAAUUGGGGGAAGCCUUUCCCUAGAGGCUGUUGCUUUUGGGCACCAGAUAAAUAUUUGGUUGCCACUGAUGACGAUCUCUAGGGACAACUUGAUGGGGGGGGGGAAGACAUUUUAAUUUCAAACUUGAAUAUAAAAAUGUGCAUAUCUCCUAGAAUUUGUACAUUUAAUGCCUGCUUCUUGUACAUUCUAGAAGCGGGAUUAAAUCAUCCAGUUAUAUAGCUUAUACUAUUUCUUUGCAAAAAUGGCUAGGCUAAAGAAGUGAAUUGUGUUGACUGGAAUAAAAGCAAUGAUACUUGAAUGUGUGUUCCAGGUGGAGCUGGUGAACAUAGGAGGGACAGACAUUGUUGAUGGAAAUCACAAACUGACUCUUGGCUUGUUAUGGAGUAUAAUUUUGCACUGGCAGGUGAGCGACCUUGAUACCUUAUUUCAGUCCUUUCAAGUGAAUUAUUAAUUAGCAAUGGAACACAUCUGCAGUUUUUCUUUUGCUGCAACCCUUACAUGUCAUCUAUCCAACCAAUCCCACCAAUCCUGAGACCCCAGGGACAGGGGAAACGACUUGAAAAGUAGCUCUCUUCUAAUAGUAAUAAACCAUUUGACAAAACUUUGUGCUACUCACCAGCAUGCAUGCAUGCACACACACACACACACACACACACACACACAAGGAAUAGGCUGUGGUGUUCUUGGAUCUCCUUAGCUGGCCAAGAAACUGGUAAAAUGGGUUCCAAUAGUUAGGGAAAAUACUAGCUGAGUAUUGUUAACAUCUGUAUCUCCAGCUUAAGGGGCACUAGUGCAAGUUUUGUACUGGCACUGGAAGCAUAGGGGAGGGAGAAAAGAAAGAUGUCAGGUCCAGGGAGCCUGCAAUAUAAAUUCUGGAAAUGAAUAGAAUUGGGGACAGAUGGGAAGGAUCAAUAUGAACAAAUACAAUUACAUAUGCUUCUUUCAUGUGGCUGAUUGUGAGUCACUGUCCUUUAUGCUAAUGCUGUGAUCCGUAGGUUUGGGAAAUCUUGUUUUCAGAGGCUCUGUGUACUCUUGGGCAGUUGUUUUGUGUAUAUGUACUUGAAAGCCUUUUUGUGCUUUCUUUCAGGUUAAAGAUGUCAUGAAAGAUAUAAUGUCAGACUUGCAGCAAACAAAUAGUGAGAAGAUCCUCCUGAGCUGGGUGCGACAGUCUACUAGGCCUUACAGUGAGGUCAACGUUUUGAACUUCACCACAAGCUGGGCAGAUGGGCUUGCUUUCAACGCUGUGAUCCACAGGCACAAGUAGGUAGCUCCUUGCCAAAUGCUGCAGUUCUAAGGAAAUAAGCGCCUGCAGUUUCUUUGUCCUGGGGUGGGUAAGGAAAUUUAAUGCUAAGUGGUGCAUUUUUUUUUAAAUAAAAAAAAAUGGCAGUAACAAAUGACAAUAGAAGAAAACUGCCAAUACAACAUUUUCCUAAAGAGCACAAAGCUUACACUCAGUUUUCAGUAAGUAAAAAAAAUAAUACUUGGAAUUGUUUUAAAGCCCACUUUGGCAUAUGUUAGCUGGAAAGAAAGCUGAGUGGUUUUUUUAAUGUUGAGGUUACUAUGUUUGAGUGAUGAGCAACAGUCAAAGCCAGUAAUGCAUGUUCUUUGUUUUUAUUUUUUAAAAACACACAUGGGAAAGUAAGAAAACAUUUAGGGUUUUUUUUUAAAAGAAAUCUCAGCUCAACACUAAUACUUCCAUGUGUUUAUCUUGUGCCUUCUCACUAUUUAUUCAUAGAUGCAGAUAUUAUGAAAUGAAUAAAGGUCAUUUAUUUUCCACUGAAAGCUUAAGACUGCAAUAUUGUUCCACUGAAAACCGUGGAACUGUUGAAAUAAAGUUCAAGGUUCAUUUUGUUGGGGUGAAAAUGUAUGGCGAGGGCCACCACUACCUAAAGAUAAUAAUAACUAAGUAUCAUUAAAACAAUGAAACCAGUUAGUCACAAUUAAUUUAAGUCCCAUUGUAAUGGGAUUCAGUCACAAGUCAUUUAGUCAUGUAAGGUCAUAUUGGCCCAGUUUAUAUAUAAUGCUAAGAUAACCAUGGCUUAGCAUGAAUGCAUGUGUUCCUGGAGAUGAGAUUGUGGAUAUUUGCUCCUUGUCUGGGCCUGCUACAAGCUAAACCAUGGUUUGGCUUGUGCAUUGUCCAAAUGGUCUUUUUGGUUCUCUUUCCACUCAAACCACAAGUGGUAAGCAAAGUGCUCUUGGUUUUCAGCUCACAAUUUGUCUGGAAGAGAUAAAACAUGAGAAGAGGAACAGGUGACAUACUAAGCCAGUCCAUGGCUUACUUAGCUCACAGCAACAGAAUGAUCAGAAAAGGAGCAAAGUGACUGGAGUCUCCUCUUCGGGAGCCUGUGUGCUUGCAGCAGGCCAUGUUUUAGCUUAGUACUGUACUACAUGUGAACUAAAUAUGCAGCACUUUUGAAAACAGCAAGUUGUUCAAAGAAUUAAUUGACGGCUGCCUUGCCUUGCAUCAGCAGCACACCUGCAUGCUGCCUACAAUAUACCCAACAAUUGAGUCUGAUUUCUUUAGCAUGAUUAUUGGGAUCAAUAAGUAGGUUGAAUGUAAGUUCUGUCCAUAUGAUUGAAAGUUCAGGGAUCCUGAAAUGUUAGUUUCCUUCCAGAGAAAUAAGUAAGCAUACCCAUCAGCAUAUGCACAGAUCUUUCUCUUGUAUGUGGUAUUUGACAUAAUGGACGCAUGAUACAUAUAACUGCUUGAUUCGAGUGUUGAAUGAAUAAGCAAGUUGUCUUCCUUUUUUUCUUCCCUUAUUUUGUUUUCUCUACUGAUUUUAGGCCCGAGCUCUUUAGCUGGGAUAAAGUAACUAAAAUGGCUCCAGUUGACAGACUAGAACAUGCCUUCAACAUAGCCAAAAAUCGCCUGGGGAUAGAAAAAUUGUUAGAUCCUGAAGGUAGAAGAUGAUUCUUUGCAACAGAGUACACUUAUGUCUGGAUGAUGAAUUUUUUUUAUUUGAUUAUAUAUAUCUUUAUGCAUUUAAGAGGACUGUAAUGGAUUAUAAUUGGCUAACUUCUGUUUAGAGUAAACCCACUGAAAUUAAUGUGCCUUAAGUUAGUCAUGUCCAUUAAUUUCAGCAGGUCUGCUUUGGGUAUGACGACAGCGGAAUGCAAUCCAAUACUGAAUAUGAAAAAACGAAGUGUGUUGCUGCAGAGACUUCAGUAUUUCUAUAUUGUUUACCUAGCCUACGUUUAUUAAUUUGCUUAGGCAAUUUAUAACCUUCUCUUCACAAAAAUCAAUCCCAGACCAGAAUACAACAUGAAAAGGAGCAAUACAUAAUAAAAUAAAACAUUCUGAAAAAAUCAAACCACAACAAUAACCCAGAAUUAAGCAUGCUGCGCCCUUUUAAAAUUAAUUUCAGUCAAUCUGCCAGUAGUCUUGUGCUUAAUAUAUCUAUAUAAUGAGAGUGAAGUGACAGAAUUUAGUACUGAUGGUUUUCAGCUUGGUGGAUAGUGUCCUAUACAUGUGUUGCUGAUUCAUUUCUGCAAUCUCUCUGCCCACCCUCCGCAAACCCUGAACUCAACAUACGGGUACAGCUUUAUGGCUCUGGGCAUGGUUUUCAGCUUGAAAACCUGCAAGAAUAUCCAGUAAACAUAUAAUUUCUGUUUUUAGAUGUUGCUGUACAGCUUCCUGAUAAGAAGUCCAUUAUCAUGUACUUGACAUCCUUGUUUGAGGUCCUCCCUCAGCAAGUUACCAUGGAAGAUAUUCGAGAAGUGGAGACUCUUCCAAGGAAAUAUAAAAAGGAAUGUGAAGAAGGGGACAUACAGAUGGUGUGUGCUAAUGUUUUCCCUAUUCUUUCUUAGUGUAAUGUCGUAUGACAUUUAAUUUUGCCUUCCAGGUAGCUCCUGUGUCUUUUGUCCUUUUCACAGUCAAUAGAAAAGUGCUCAUACAAACUUGUACGGUCAGUAGGUUCUGGCUUCUGUCAUGCAGCGCAAAAAUACAUAGCUUUCUUCCGUUCUUCUUUCGUAUCAUCUGAUGAUCUUCCUUUGCUCCUUUUUUCUGAUGUUACUUUAUCGGCCUGGCACUCAUAUUUUCUCUUUUCCAGUACAACUCCUUGUCCCCUCAAUAUACUUUCCUCUUAAAAAAUAAAAAAAUCUGUUGCUAUAUCAACCCAGCCUUCUAUGCUAUGUAUUUAGAAUUCUCUGAUUUUUAGUUCUCUUACUUUUCCCUUUAUAUCUUGGUCUUUAAAAUCCCCUGACUCUUUUCUUUUAUGCAUUUCUUUCCCUUUUUAAUAUAAAGUUCGGGAGCACAUUGCUCUAUGACAAUGUGUUGGAUCUAGAGUUCGUGGGACCUGAACUCUGAUCCUGGGAUGCUCUCACUGGGAGUGGGAGAAGAUGCAGUUUUAACUGAUUCCCUGUUACCCUUUACUUCCCAAAGAUCUACUCUGGAAGGUGUGGGGGAGUGGUUUUUGAACAGUGUGUGAGGUGGCAUAGGAGGCUGCAAGGAGAAGAGGGAAAUAAGCAAAAAUCACUUCCUCCCUUUCUCUAGUGCAGCUGUUCUCAACCUGUAGGUCCCCAGAUGUUGUUUGACUACAACUCCCAUCAUCCCUGAGCUCUGGCCUUGCUAGCUCGGGGAGAUGGGAGUUGUAGUCCAACAACAUCUGGGGACCCACAGGUUGAGAAAGGCUGCUCUAGUGGAAGCUUCCAUUGCUUUCAGAUGCUUCCAUUUGUGUAAGAACAAUUCUUCAGCCAACUCAGGGGUCUAUCUUUCCUUUUUACCAAGUCUGUUUUUUAUUCUUUUCAAUCUGGGUUUCAGUCUCUUCAUUAAAUAGAGGCUUGUCUGACUAUAUUUUUGAGUUUGGAUCAAAAUGGUAGGGUCAUUUCUUUUCACCAUUUGGAAAUGACUUAAGCUAAGCCUAAGAUGGUUCCUUUUCCCUCACAGUGCUAUCUGACCAGAAUGCCCUUCCAGUUGAUUCUUCCUCUGUUUGUACCUUUAUUUGGGUGGGUUUGGGUGAAAGGAUCUGCUUAACUCUUCCAUCCCAGCUAUUUCCCCCCUUUCAAAAUCAUGCCUGCUCUCCUGCUGUUUUUCUCCCUGAGAGAUAAAAUAUCUCCUGUUAUCUUCUAACUUUUGCAGAGAAAGGUCUCUUUCAUUCACCUCUUGUGGUCUUUCAGUCAGCAUAAAGCUACUAUUACCUGAUAAUAGAAAGCUCUUGGUGGGAGAAGGGGAAAGAUGAUGUAACUUCAUAAUCCGUACUUUUCUCUCUAUAACACGAAGAUUUUUUCUCCUAAAAAGUAAGGGGAAAUGUCUGUGCAUGUUAUUGAGCGAAUGUGUGGUCCCUGGAGCCGACUGUCCCGAGUGCAGGGGCAAAAAUCAGGCAAAAGUCCAAUCCCGCGAGAGAGGAAGCUGUUGCUUUCCUGCAUUCUGCCUCAGGGUCUUACUGCCCACCCGCUUCUGUUUCGGUUGCUGUUUGCUCAAACGGAACAAAGAGCAGGCAAAUCCCCUCCCCUCCAGGCAACCCCUCCCCUCCAGGCAAGCAGAGGGGAAAGGAAAGGAUCGUGUCCUUCCUUCUAAUUCCACUCCGUGCGGUGCUGCUGCGUCCAGGGAAGCAUUUUAGGGACUCGCAGGCAGCCAGAAAACAUGCAGGUGGGAGAGAGAGAGAGAGAGAGAGAGAGAGAGGGCUGGCUUGGGUGGCUGGGUGGGGGGAAACUUUUGCCUUCCUUUCCUCCCUCCCGUUAAAUCCCUCUCCUGCAUUCUUAGCCAGCUGAUUCUCUGCACACCCCUCUUGUGCUCCUUGUCCCUUCUGUGAUUUUCCUUCCCUCCCCACUUAAAACGUGGUUACAAAGCACGGAUCCACAUGGAUCCUCAGGAUCUUUGCAUUGGGUCACCCCAAAUUCACCAUCAGAUCACAUAGCAUGUCCAUGGCUACAGCCUGCACCAAAAAAAUCAUGCACCCACUGUUGCCUGGGGCCACAAUGGUGCAAAAAUGUGGUUACAAAGCACAGAUCCACAGGGAUUCUCAGGAUUUUUGCAUUGGGUCACCCCAAAUUCACCAUCAGAUCACAUGUCUGUGGCCACAGCAUGAGGCACAAAAAUGAUACAUCCACUGUUUCUUCAGAAUUCUUUCCCCCUUGUUUUCCUCCUCUAAAAACGAUGUGCGUGUUAUGGUCAGGUGCGUGUUAUAGAGCGAAAAAUACGGUAAUGUGUAGUUCUGUCCUUGUUUUAAGUGUCAAGCCACUACAACAUUUUUUAAUUCUAUUAGACUUUUGCUCUAGUCAUUGAUUGUUCCUUUCAAGAGGCAAUGCUGCUGAAUGUUUUUUUGACAUAACUCUUGUAACACAUAGAAUCAUAAGACAAAGUGUAAACUCAACUUUGCAUACCACCAGUUAACAUCCUACCUCUUGUUAGGCUAGUUGUAGAAAGUGUGUAGAGGUUACUAUUUUAAGUUUUAUAUACUUGAAUGUAUUUUGUGAAGCACUUGUCAGAAAUCCUAGCUUAAUGCUUGUAACAGGUUUGGUGCCACAUAUUGCACUUAGGCAUCCGGUAAUUGAACUUGUGACUUAAGUUCGUACUUGAAAAGGACAGGAUAUUUUUACAACUGAAAUCUCUUUAGACAGAAGUGCUGAUAAGACUUCUAAAGUACUUUAAUCAUGUGUUGGGGUUUCUCAAUUUUUUCUAGGAUUUUUUUUAUAUAAGAAAGACCUGCGACUUUAGUUUUUCUGCACGACUGCAUUGUAAUGAAAAACUUCUCUAAAGUAAAAACAUUAACAUCUCAGUAAACAAUUUAUAUAUGGUUAAUGUGCUUGAUGAAAGCCGUUUUAAUUUUUAAAAUAUCAGUGUGACGGCAUAUGUCUUUGUGUGUAGAGUGGUCAUGUUGUAGGCUUUUGGAGGUAAGAUAACGGAAUCUUAGCAACUUCUCUGCAGGUAUAGAAAUAUUUUAUCUAAGUCACUGUGUAAAUGCAUUUGUAAAAUGAAUGUCAUUGAGAGCAAAACUCAAUUAUGUCAGCUAGUAAACCUAGAUCAUUCAAAUGGUUUUUUGGUAAAAUAUCAACUCUAAUCUUAAUUUCCGUCAUUUAUUUCAUUAACAUUGAAUCUGUUAUUGAUAACCAUGCCCUGAAUACCUUGAACCAGAUACCUUGGAUUUCAUGCACUGCAAGGUAAAAACCUAAUCUUGCACACACACAAGAUUCUGAUACAUGCAUUCUCAACCCCCACUCCAGCCCUUUAUGUGGUGGUAACAUCUCUGUUAAAUAAGCAUUUGUGUUAUUAUAAAAACAGCUUUCAAGAAGUGGCUCUUGAGUUUGAUUUUUCUGCUCUGUAGAGUGAAACAGCAGAAGAUGACUAUGGAGGUUCAAGAGCAGAAACUCCCAGCACUGUGACUGAAGUUGAUAUGGACUUGGACAGCUACCAAGUAGCUCUGGAAGAAGUUCUCACAUGGCUGCUCUCUGCCGAGGAUACAUUCCAAGAACAGGAAGUCAUAUCUGAUGAUGUUGAGGAAGUCAAGCAACAAUUUGCUACACACGAAGUGGGUGUUAAAUAAGGUUUCUAUGAGAGUUGCAGUAUGUAGUUGGUUGAUCAAUAUUAUCCCUUGAUUAGGCAGCAGUAGACCAUUUUCAUAACUAUAGUUGUUAUACACAUUUUACCCACCAAGUGCAUAAAGCUCCUCCUUCUGCUGCCUGGGAAUGCAGAAAAGGGGAUUAAGGGGAUGGUUGUCAAGUGCCUGAUGGGCCAUGCAUACAUAGUUUGUGGGCUGUGUUCAGCCUGGUGGGUCACAGGUUCUGUAGAUAGUUGCAGAAGAACUUGUCCAAUUUCUUGUUCAAUUUCUCUUCGGUAAUAUAAAUGUUAUUAAAGUUCAUGGGCUACUUAGACGUUGGAAGUUACAGGAAAUUUUUUGUUGGUUUCUUUUGGUUCUUUUCCUGAAAAAUAUUUUUGAUGGAUAAAUCAUUUGCUUAUGGAAUAGCAACAUUAUUUUUUUUAAUAUAAUAAUAUUUUGAGAGAGACCGGGAUUUUCCAUAGAUUGUGAAGUGGCUGCAAAUGGCACUCAUGCCUUGGGACUUAUUUUUUAAUUUUUUAAUUGAUAUGUACCUCUGUUGUGGGUUUAAGAUUACAUCCAGAUAUAUAUAGGUAGUUGUUUGGUAUGUUUGCAGUUACAGUGUGUACUAGCACCUGGAAAGGUAAAGGUAAAGGGACCCCUGACCAUUAGGUCCAGUCGUGGCUGACUCUGGGGUUGCGGCGCUCAUCUCACUUUAUUGGCUGAGGGAGCCGGCGUACAGCUUCUGGGUCAUGUGGCCAGCAUGACUAAGCCGCUUCUGGUGAACCAAAGCAGCGCACGGAAACGCCAUUUACCUUCCCGCUGGAGCGCUACCUAUUUAUCUACUUGCACUUUGAUGUGCUUUCGAACUGCUAGGUUGGCAGGAGCAGGGACCAAGCAACGGGAGCUCAUCCUGUUGCGGGGAUUCAAACCGCCGACCUUCUGAUCGGCAAGUCCUAGGCUCUGUGGUUUAACCCACAGCACCACCUGCGUCCCUCAGCACCUGGAAACAGAGCUACUUUAAAGAAAAUGCAAGCAUGGAAGAGCUAAUCAUAGAAUCACAGAAUUGUAGAGUUGUAGAGGACCCUGAGGAUCAUCUAGUCCAACCCCCUGCAAUGGAGGAAUAUGCAGCUCUUCCGCACAUGGUUCGAACCUGCAACCUUGGCGUUAUCAGUCCUAUGUGAUAAAUGUUGCAUAUUGUUGGCUCCCCGUUCCAAAGCAUUUCAGGCUGUCAUAGAAGAAGCAUGAACCUGAGGUUCCCACAGUAAUGGAAAACUAACCACACUGUUGAUUUGAUUAUUUCAUUUCUAUUUUUAGCUUCCUGAUGAGGAGAGAAACACCUAAGCAUCUUUUUUUUUGCUUGUUUCUUUAUUGAUCCUAGCCUUUUGUGUGGCGUUCCAAUUUCCAAUUUGCUGUUUAUUAAAAGUCUUGUAAAUUCCAUGCAGUUAUUAAAAUUAUCCAUGGCGAGAGAUCAGAUUGAUCUGACUUGUUUAAUCUUUUUUUCCUAGGCUUUUAUGAUGGAGUUGACAGCACACCAGAGCAGUGUGGGUAGUGUGCUUCAGGCUGGCAAUCAAUUGUUAGCCCAGGGCAAUCUUUCAGAGGAGGAGGAAAGUGAAAUCCAGGAACAAAUGUCGUUGCUGAAUUCCAGAUGGGAGGCUCUCAGAGUAGACAGUAUGGAUCGGCAGUCCCAGUGAGUGACACCCUGAACACGCACAGACUAGUUUCCAGUUCCAGUGGUACUUGUUAUGUGUCAACCCCUCUGACCCAACCCCUUGCGGACUGAACAGUUUUUAGAAUAAACGUAAUGCAUUUCAACACUAAAUUCAGCCUGGAAGCACAUCUAAAUGAGCUCAGGAAAAAGAAAAUUAAGUAGUGAAUAAUUUUGCGCCCAAGACACUAACAUGAACACAAAACUAAACUGUGGAUCUUUGUAUGAAAAUGUAGUAUUUCAGAUUCUGUGUUCAGUACAGGCUUAUGUGUUGCUUUAAAACAUAGUUUCUAAUAAAUGUGACUAGAUUUUCAGGCCCCGUUUCCAAACAUGUUGCUUUUCUUUUGAUCAACUCAUGUAGGCUGCAGUCUUUUGAGUACUUACUUGUGAGUAAGACUUAAGGAACACAGUGGGGCUCACUUCUGAGGAUUGCACUGUUACUUUAACAUCAAAUCUCAUUUUCAAAGUGACACUAAAAAUAAUUCGUUGUGUUUUUGACAUGAUCAGCCUCCAUGAUGUAUUGAUGGAGCUACAGAAGAAACAACUGCAGCAGCUGUCUGACUGGUUGACUGUUACAGAAGGACGCAUUCAAAAGAUGGAAUCUCAGUGCUUCGCUGAAGACUUGGAGUCCUUUCAACAGCAGAUGGAUGAACAUAAAGUAUUUUUACUCCUUACUGUAAUAAGCAUGAUAGAGUGAAAAAAUAGUCUGCAACAGCUCAGAUUUCCUGGUUGCCUUUGGAUGGAAUUGUUAAUAUAGAAACUCAUCUUUUAAAAUAAGAUUUAGACCUUCAUGUGUACUGUGGCGUUGUGCCAUGUAUAGUGAAGUUCAGGAACUGUAUUUUUGUGGAAGUACAUUUUACUUCUUGGUUUCCUUGAAACUUUGUGGAGCAAUGAGUGCAGCCAUUAAAGCUUCUGGAUAGAACUUAUGGGAUUUUUCAUAUGACUGAUCUUGUGUAAUAUUACUCAGUAGUUCUGGGGUAUGUGCGAAUCUUCCUUUUGACACAGUGCUUUUUCUGAGGAGAGGUGUAUUUUUAAGCACCCAAAAGUGUUGCCACAGAGGAAAUGUUGUUCUUCCUGCCACUCACUCUUCAAUGUGGCCCAAAGCGCCAAGCUAGCAUUUUCAUGUGACUAGACAUGUCAAAUGAUUGUGGGGAUCUUCACUUGCAAGAAGUGACUUAAUGAGCACAUAUGCAAGAUAAGGUUGCAUUGGUGAAAAUAAUUUUGUUACUAUACAUAUUGUGUGGGAUAUGGCCAGAAGCAGCAGAGGCUGUUUAGAGUGGUUGUGGCUAAACAGUCGUGGCUCAUUAGGAAAAUAUUUGCUUAAACAAAAUCAAGCAGCUGGCACUAGCUAAACAAUACAGUGUUAUGUCUGGUCUUCAUAACAAUUUAAUCAAUGCUUUCAGGGGCUACAAAAUGAUCUUGAAGCAGAGCAGGUUAAAGUAAACUCAUUGACUCACAUGGUGGUCAUUGUUGACGAAAACAGUGGUGAAAGUGCCACAGCUAUCCUAGAAGAUCAGUUGCAGGUGAGUGGAUGUCUUGAUUUAAUAAUUCUCUGCAUGGGAAAAAUGUGGAACAUUUUUCAGCCAAAAGGCCACAUCUCCUUCUGGGGGCCCACAUGCCAGUGGUGGGCAGGGCAAACCUAGAUGGAGUAAUGAAUAUGAAUCUUACCUUUGUACUGUAGGUUUCUUUCUACACACAUUCACCCAAUGCUCUCUGUCCUCCAGGCAAGCAAACAACAUUUAUUUAUUAGACUUAUUAGAUGCUUGUCACCUGAAAGUCUUCAAGCAACUUACGUUAAAGAAAAAUAUGGGCACAUACAAUACAUAAUGCCAAAGGAAGAAAAGGGGGUGGAGCUCCAUUGUGCAGGGCUUCUGCUGCUGGGACUCAUUAGCUAAAUCCCACCCUAUAUGUUUGUAUUUUCCAUCUGCUUUCAAAGGGGACUGCAUGGUUUCAGAAAUUUCUUUAAUUGUCUGCAGGUGCUUGGUGAACGAUGGACAGCAGUUUGUCGCUGGACUGAGGAACGGUGGCUCAAGCUACAAGAGCUCAAUAUCUUAUGGCAGGAGCUAUUGGAAGAGCAGGUAAAACUUGUUUAUUUUCUCCAGUGUACUUUUAAAAAGAGUAAAUCAGCUUUCUGAACUUGCUUGUAUUCCUACCCAAAGGUAUUCAUUCAAUUUGUUAUGGACUAGUCUAUUACCAGUGUAUAUUGCUGACAAAACCUGAGGUCAUUCAGUGAAGCUGAAAUGUUUUGGAAGAUUCAGAACUGGAAAAAAGCAAUACCUUUUCACCAGCACGUAGUUAAACUUUGGAAUUCACUACCAUAAAAUGUAACAAAGGUCACCAAGUUGAAAAGUUUUGAAAGGCAAUUAGACAAAUUCAAACUCUUAUCAUUUGCUAGGAAGCAUGAGUGGGGAGAAUGCUGUUGCAUUCAUGUCCUGCUUGCAGGCUUCCCAUAAGUCUCUGGUUGGCCACUCUGAGAACAGAAAGGUGUGCAUAAAUAGGCCUUUGGACUCUUCUUACAUUUUAAUGUAAUUUUUAUGUAAUUAUUUAUAAGGCCAUGUUAUGAUUGAGACAGUUAUGGGGGAAACUUGUUACAUAAAAUUAAAUACUAAAAUUGUAGCCUUUCAGUUCUUCAGAUAUAGCUCUCAAGCCAGUUGUCAGCUGCCAUUAUGAGUGGUGCAAGAAAAAAUGCACCAUCAGGGAUACUUGGGCCCAAGUUGCUACAAUUUUUAUUUGUAUCUGGGCAUGGGCCCCUUGGCUUUUGCAGUACAGCAUUCCAUUGUUUGUGGAUGUGCUUAAAUAAAAUUUGCUAUUGGGGGAAAGCAUGUUUGUUUCAUUUAAGAUCCCCCCCACCCUGAAAUAUAGAAGCGAUUUUUAUUGUACAGUGGUACCUCGGGUUACAUAUGCUUCAGGUUACAUACGCUUCAGGUUACAGACUCCGCUAACCCAGAAAUAAUACCUUGGGUUAAGAACUUUGCUUCAGGAUGAGAACAGAAAUUGUGCUCUGGCGGCGCGGCAGCAGCAGGAGGCCCCAUUAACUAAAGUGGUGCUUCAGGUUAAGAACGGACCUCUGGAACAAAUUAAGUAUUUAAACCAAGGUACCACUGUAUGUAGAUACAGGUCCCUCCUGGGUGUGAACUUUGUUAGGGUGUUAGGAAGUGUCAGGGAACUGACAUCGGAGCUAGAGGCGGAGGGAAGGCUCUCAAAUGAUGCUGGAGAAGGGCCCAGCAGGGAGAGAGGCAACUCCGCAGAUGGGGAAGCAAAUCAGCGCAACACCAGGGAUAAAGAGGGGCUGAUGGGGGAAUUGGCGAGAGGGCUCCAGGACUCUUCACUGGACACCAGCGGGGAGAGCACGGGUCCCCCGCUACCCACGCCCACCCUGCGCAGAAGACUUCCGCGCAGAGAGAGUAGGAGGAGACUGGGUGUCAAACAACUUUUAUGUUGGAAAAGAUUUAAGAAACGCCCACUGACGGAUUCUGCUAGCGACUGAGGCAGCCACGAAGUGAAGGGCUGCCCAGACUGAAAGGUUUAGCAAGGCAACAAAGCCUGGAGAGGCGGCAACUUACGCACGAGCAACCCAUACACAUUACAGGAAGGAUUUAUAAGCUCAUGGUGCAACAACCUUCAUUGCUAAACCUUGCUGCUUUGUUUGCUGUCAGUGACUAGUCAUCUACAUUAUGGCUGAGAGAUGGGGAGCAAUUUGCCUACUUGAAUCCCAGAGUAUAAUUCAAGCUAAUAUAUAUAAACAGUAUCCAGUAUGUUACAAACAGUAUGUUUUACGACCAGUGACAAAUUUAACUAAAGGGAAGUAGCUGAGCAUUAUUAAUUUUAGUAGACUAGGGGCUGAGUAAUCACUGUAUCCAUAUGAUUGUGGCCUCUUCUCUGUAUGCAGUUGGCCCUGUAAUGGAUCACAUUUGGAUCAAACUGCUAAAUUGAUCAGAUUAAAUUAAUCCCAUUUGAGAUUAAUAUAAUAGGAUAAAAUAACAGAAGUAAUCCUCUACUGUUGUGCCUCUUUCUAUCUAGAGAGGUGGUCUUAUAGAUUUCAAAGGCUAGUGUGUGUGUUACCAAUCAUAGAGGACUGGGUGAGUCAGUGUUGGUUGCAGAAGGCAGGUUUUGUCCUUGCCAUUAUUGUAUCCACAAGAGCAGUAUUCUAAGUCCCAACUGAAAUGAACACAAAUCCUUCACUUGUAUAGAAGAAAAUUAAAGGUCAAGGGACACCGUUAGUGACACCAUCACCUCUGGUUAACUCAGAUUGCCUUUGUCUGCAUAGUCUUAUCUUGAGUCCUGUUUCUUUCAUUGCAUUUCUGCCCUGUUAUUUCCCCAAAGAGCCUUGGGUAGCAUUUGCACUUCAAAAUCCCCUUAAUUACCAGCUUCUCCAGUUUAUGCAAGCUAUUUCUAAAAACAACAACAUGCAGGUAAAUUGCUUCACUGUACGCACCAACAUCUUUUAAAAUGAUUUUUUAGUGGUGAAAAAAUAAUUGAAACAACUCAUUGGCUGAGGUUUUCUAGUUGAAUGGAUGAACAGCAAAGAGAUACCUUAGGACGUAUAGUGCCCUUGAUGUUUUUGGGGAGGUAGAUUGUAAAGUCAGCAAAUGUUAAAUCAUUCGGGAAAAUUAUCUUCAAACACUGCCACUUAACUUCUUUAUAGCCUUUCUGGUUUUUUUAAAAGGAAAUAUAUUUUGACAGCUGUUAGCAAAGCUCAGUUGUUCAUAUUUAUAAGUCUGAUAGACUCUCCAAGUGCCCCUAUUUUCCAGGGACGUCCUUGAUUUAGAGAAGCUGUCCAGGUUUCUGAUUUGAUCCCGGAAUGUUCCACUUUUCCUUAGGAUGUCCCUAUUUUCAUUGGAGAAAUGUUGGAGGGUAUGGAGUUAUCUGACCCCUGAGCCAUCUGAAGGCAAUCCCAUAUAGCGAAGUUUGUUUAAUGUUUAAUGUUUUAUUAUGUUUUUAUAUAUGUUGGAAUCUAGGGUGGCUAGAUUCCACCCAGUAAGAUGUGUGGGGUAGAAAUAGUAAAAUUAUCACUAUGAAAUGGGGCGUCCCUAUUUUCAUCAGAGAAAUGUUGGAGGGUAUGGUCUGUGUCAAUUCAGUAUAAAAUAUUCUGUCUGAAGAAACUUGUGUGAUUUUUCAUAAGAAUGCAAAAAGUUGUGUCUUAGUUCCUUUCUGUAACUGAGUGUAGUUCUUACUAGGAUUACUAAUACUAGCUCUUUCUAUGAUCUCGGAGUAUUUGGAAAUAGUCCAGUCCCAAUAAAGAACGCUAAUAGAUAUGUUUGAUGGAUUACUUACUUCAGUGAUUGGAGUGGGAGGCUUAGUUUCUGCCUUGGUUCUUUAAGGACAAAAUUUGUUGCUUGCUGAGUAGAUAGAAUAGGACAGUUAUGACCCUUUGAGUUGGUUCUUGGUUUGCAGAGCUAAAUAUUGUCUGCUAAACAUGUCAUUAUAGAAGUGAGGAAAAAUAUCUGCUAUGGAUACUAAAAACUUACAAAAUAAUCUUCCUGGGUAGAUUUAAUUAAUUUUGAGUCUAUUUGGUACUGAUUUGUGAAAUCAUGAGCUUACAGAUGUUGCAUUUGUCUGGAUUUAACUCUAUCAUAUUAGUUUACAAAGCAAUGGACUUAUAUAUUCAGUUUUAAGAUACUCCACAAAAGAAUGCUCUUAUAAGUAGAAUGACACUUGUUCUGUCAAAAAAAUGGAAGAUGGCAUUUUACCUAGUUGUGGUUUUUUUUGAACCAAUGAGAACAAGACAGGUGUGCCAACCAAUAAGAAGAAGACAAAGUGCUGGUGUAAUGCCAAAGUAGUGUUGCAAUUAAGGUACAAUGAUGAUGACGAUUAACAUAAUAUAGCCUCAAAUGGCUCAGAACUGCAGUACCUCAAGGACCGUCUCUCUCCAUAUGAACCUAGCCAGACCCUGAGAUCAUCAUCUGAGACCUUAUUUUGUGUGCCUCUUCCAUGGAAGGUCUGGAGGGUGGCAACAUGAGAACAAAGCUUUUUCAGUGGCUCCCCAUUUAUGAAAUGCUCUCCCCAGGGAGGUUUGGCUGGUACCUUCAUUAUACACCUUUAGGCACCAGGCAAAAAAGUUCUUCAACCAGGCCUUUUGCUGAUUAAUAUCUUAAAUAUUAAAGUGUUGGUGCUGACCUUUAAAGCCCUAAACGGCCUCGGUCCAGUAUAUCUGAAGGAGCAUCUCCACCCCCAUCGUUCUACCCGGACACUGAGGUCCAGCACCGCGGGCCUUCUGGCGGUUCCCUCACUGCGAGAGGCCAAGUUACAGGGAACCAGGCAGAGGGCCUUCUCGGUAGUGGCACCCUCCCUGUGGAACACCCUCCCACCAGCUGUCAAGGAGAACAACAACUACCAGACUUUUAGAAGACAUCUGAAGGCAGUCCUGUUUAGGGAAGCUUUUAAUGUUUGAAGUAUUAUAGUAUUUUAAUAUUUUUUUGGAAGCCGCCCAGAGUGGCUGGGGAGGCCCAGCCAGAUGGGUGGGGUAUAAAUAAAAUAAUAAUAAUAAUAAUAAUAAUAAUAAUAAUAAUAAUAAUAAUAAUUAUAAUUAUAAUUAUAAUUAUUAUUAUUAUUAUUAUUAUUAUUAUUAAAUAUCUUACAACCCUUUUAAAUGUGUUUGUGGGAGGGAGAGGGGGUUAUUGCCCCCCCCUUUGUUACUGUUUUCAUCAUGUAUUUUGUGUUUUUAUAUUGUAUUUUUAUGUGGUGAAUUGCCCUGAGAUCUAUGGAUGAAGGGCGGUAUACAAAUUUAAUAAAUAAAAAUAAAAUGCAGGAGAAUUGUGUAAAUAUUUUCUUGGUGUUUUUUUUUUUUUUAAAUGUGUUGUCUCUUGUGCAGUGUUUGUUGAAAGCCUGGCUAAUUGAGAAAGAAGAUAGUUUAAACCAAGUGCAAACAAGCAACUUCAAAGAUCAAAAAGAGCUUGGUGUGAAUGUUCGAAAGCUGGCAGUGAGUAUUACUUGGUUUGCAUUUGAAAAUAGCAUCACAACCCUAAAUGUUUCAUCCUGUUCUACUCCCUAUUGUCAAUCGGGCAUUUUCUCUGCAGUGCUAGAGUAUCAUCCUUGUUUCAUCCUAGUGCUAAUUUCAUGGUCUACCAAGUUUUCAAAUUACUUUCCAAAGACAUAGGUUAAUACUUGUGGGUUUCACUCGUAGCUGAAGAAUGCAGUGUGAAAAUCACAACACGCUAUUUUGUGAAAAGCAUGUGACUGUUCAGUUCAUGCAGAUGUGCUAGAGAGUGUACAAACUGAAAGUGGUGCUUAUUGAAAAGCAAGUAUGAAGGCAGUAGUCCAAGACAAAUUCUUGUGGAUACUGUGGUUUCACCAUCAGAUUCUCAAAGGAGAUAUGAGAAUGAAGCAUCUGACACAAGAAUGCCUGAAUUACAGUGUUCAGGUGAAUGAUGGAAAUUUGCAAAGAUAUUUAAAAAUCUAUGUUACAUUAUUUGCAUUAUGUAACAGAACCAGCAAUACAAUAAAAUUAAGAGGCAUGAAACCACUCAACCAGCUGAAAGUAACAUAACUUAAAAUGCCUGGGCGAAUAGAAAAUGUUUUAAUCUGGUUCUAAAGAACAUACAUUGUUGGUGCCAAAAGUACCUCUGUCUACAGCUGAGGACAUAUGAGAAAGAAGCUCCUAUCUUUUAUACAUACAUGAUGUGCUUCUCCUAAAGAUGGAAAAUGGAGGGCAUCCUCUAAUCUUAAUGCAUGGACAAAUUGAUAUUGGAGAAGGCCCUCCUUAAGACUAUGUGAUGCUGCAGUAGAUAAGUACCUAAUAAUUCUGUUGCGGGAAUGGAGAACUUGUGACUUGUGAGAUGUUGCUCAACACCGACUCCUAUCACCCCUGAUUGUUGGCCAUGCUGGCUUGAGCUGAUGGGAUUUAGAGUGUAGCAACAUCUGGAGGGCCACAGGUUCCUCAGCCCAAUCUGCUGUAUACACAAAUCAUGAUCUUGAGCUUUCUUGGUUUUUGAAGCGGCCACAGCUUUCACUCAAGCAAGCAAUUUGCCUUUUACUUCAAGGGGGAAAGUAAGAGGGAGACUGUGUAAUAUUGUUCUCAGUGAGGAAGUAAAUGGAGAAGCCCCUUGUCAGGUGCGACACUCCACAAACGCUUCAAAAUUUCUGUGUAUGCCUUAGGACUUCUGAAUCUUGACAAUAGCUUCAUAUGUGCAUGCUACUCAAGGCUCUUCCCAGUUUUCAGUGAAACCAAAGCUUGUGGGUACAGAGUGUGUGAAGGGGCCAGUGGAAAUGCACAGGGCUCCGUCAUGCAUCACAUGCUGGUCACGACCCUGGCUAUAAUGCACAAUUGGUAUUAGUCAUAGUGUAAGGUUUUCAGCAUGGAGACCGAAAUGCUGACCAAUCAGGGUUCCUCUCCCAGUUGAGACUUUAGGCAUGGAGAAGCAGUGCCCCCUUCAGGUAAUCCUGACUCUCUUGGGAGUUUGUGGAUUCUCCUUCAUUGGAGGUUUUAAAGCAGAGGUUGGACGGCCUUCUGUCAUGGAUGCUUUAGUUGAGAUUCUUGCAUUUUUGCAGGGGGUUGGAUUAGAUGACCCAUGGGGUCCCUUCCACCUCUACAGUUCUAUGAUUCUGUGUUGCUAAUCAUGAUUUGGGUGAGGUGGGCAUGGCUAGCACACAUGUCAAGGGCAUUCCUGCUGGCUUUUUCACAGAGAUGGUACAUAGAUACUGAAUACCUGAACAGGCAUAGUAUUUUAGCAAAUGUAUAUUAAAAAAACACUACCAGCAAAACUAUUAGGGACAUUUUCACAAUUUUAUUUUCUAAGAAUAUACUUUAUUAGCCUGGGAAAUUUGAGCAGAAUUGUGCCUUUAAAAGGGAAUGGCUGCUCUUGUUUCACAAUGUCAGAUUAUCAAAGAAGAUAUGGAAAUGAAGCGUCGAACAUUAGAACAGCUGAAUGAGGUGUCCCAGGAUGUGGCACAACUUCUCAACAACAAGAAGGCACUGAAGAAAAUUGACAGCGAUCUGGAAGAACUAACACAGAAGUGGGACAGUUUAGUUCAGAAACUUGAGGAUUACUCCACUCAGGUAACAUAAAAAUAUUACUAUCCCUUUACACCUUCCAAAUGUCUUUCACUAAUACAUGAAUGUUGACCUAUAAAAGUAAAACUAAUAAAGAAGCCUGAAGGUCUUUUCUUAAAGGUGUUUAAAAUAAAAAAGGAGGGGCAGGGGGAAGGAAGUAAAUCGGUCCUUUUCAGGCUUGAUUUCUAAUCUGAUUAGAAAAUCUGAAAGUCUAAUUCUAAUCUGUGCUUGAUUUAGAGACAAGUCAAAUAGUGAGUUGGCUGAGUAAUUCAAAAUAGUACUGUGCAAAACAGACUGAGAAGUUUCCCAGAUGCAUCCUUUAAAAAAUCACAAGCAAGAUGAUCAUAUCUCAGUUUAAUAAACAGAUUGAGCAAACCUCACAUCUACUGCACUUAAGCAAAGUUUAAUUGCAAAGUUUAUUUGUCAAUUGCUUUGUCUCCUAGCUUUUUGAAAGCUAUUAACUAUAGUUUUCCAGUUUGGACAUAAUUGGAAGCUAAGGUUAAACUAGACUUCUUGGUUUGUUUGCAAGCAAAGAGAGGAGUGAAGUGGCUACAUGUGGCUGCAUGAAGCUUGUUUGCAUCUUGACUUAUAAAGAUGAUUCUGGACCAGUGUAGAGUCAGUGAUGGGCUGGACAGUGACAGAGUGACCUUGACCCAGUUACCAUCUCUCAGGCUAACUAACCUCAUGUUGGUAUAAGGAUAAAAGGCUAAUGUGUGACCAUUUUUUAUCCAACCCUGAGCUCUUCAGAGGAGAGAGCCAGGAUAAAAAAAUGAAUGAAGUUCCUUCAAAACCAGUGGAAGGCAGUAAAUCACAUGCUUAAUGUUCUCAGUGAAAUUAAUUGGUCUAAAACCACUUAAAUUCAUCUGGAUCAUAUCUAAAGUGAUUAGUGUUACUGUUAUUAUUAGCUGCAUUUAUCUCUUGUACAAAGAUGGCAUAUUGUAUAAUUUCGUUUUAUCAACGUUGAUGUCCUGUUCAAUUUAUCCCUUAAGGUUACUCAUGCAGUUGCAAAUGCUGAACCAGCCCAGAUUUCACAGAAAGUAAUCACAGAAACCGUCCUUUUUAAAGAGCAAAGAACAGUUAAACAUCCCAAAGAGGAAGAUUUUGUUCCACCUCUACCUCCAUCAAAGAAAAGACAAGCCUGCCUUGAUACUGAAGCAAAGAAAAAGUGAGAUUUUUUUUCAUUGUAGUUGUGUUUUCUCAGUCAAGAGGCAAUGAGUUGACUCAUUUUCACACAGUGCAUGGUAAAAAAAUGCAGCGUUGUAAAAUACUGCUGUUGUCUGGUUUUUUUGGUCCUAUUUAGAACUCUGUAUGAAAAAUUAUUUGCAGUCUUGCAAAUAAGGAUAGAAGGAUGGGGAUUUGGGUGGGUAGGCUGCUCAGCGCAAGUACAGUAAAUGUUUGUGGCUCCUUUUGGUCUCAAAGUACUGCAGCUCAUUUCUUCUGCUGAGAGAAAAUCAGCAAGUGAGUGAGCAGGUGCAGCAACCAUUCACAGUCCACUGUUUUGCUCUAGGUCAGGGAAACACAGCAAGUCAUUGUAGCAGUUGCUGCAUCUGCCCUCUCUAGGCCUAUCUGACUCUAGGUACAGGUGAUAGAGAGUGCAUGAAGCAACAGUUAUUUUGCCCCUCUUUCCUUAGAGAUCACUACAGUUUGGCACAGGAAGCCAGGCGAGUGCCAGGAUUCUUUGCUGAGGAUUCUUCAAGCAUUCAAGACUACGCUAGAAAACAUUUUAUGUGCAUGAACAUGUUACUUCAGGGUAGACUAAGGGUUGCAUUUUAAGAAAAAAAGAUGAUGACUGAAUGGAGAAGAAAUAUAAGAAAAUAUUAUUCAAUCUCUUAUACUAGGCUUGAUUCUGAAAUUGCUGAGCUGUUGAACUGGAUUUUGAAAUCAAAAGCUGCCAUUCAGGCCAUAGAGAUCAAAGAGUACAGGAAGAUGAGAGAGACUUCAGACAUGAAAGAGAAACUGAAGGUAAAGUGAGAAACGGGGAGGCAUUUUCACUGAAAAGGUUAUUUUGUCAGCUUAAGCUUGCUGUCAGUUGGGGGUAGAGUCUGAUCUGGUAGCUUCCUGUGGAUUAAGUUCCAUUAUUAAAAAUCUUUAGAGUUUGGCCAAGGUUCAGUCCUCUAUACUGGUUAUAAACAAUACUGUUGAAGUUGUGGCAGGACAUCCUUAGAGCUUUAAUGGGCAUUUCCUUUCCUUUUCCCCUCCGCAUACUAUUUUCCAUUUUCGUUUUAGAAGAGGAAGCUGCACAUUGUGAGUUGUAGCACAUUUUAAAGACAAUUUAUUCUUAGAAAUGGACCCAGCAGGAAUUCUCCCCUGAUAUUUCUGUAAAACUGAGAACUAUGGCAAAGUCUUGAUUUCAGCCCAGAGAGGCAUCUAAUAACCUUUCCACAUACCCUGUGAAGACCAGAGAUCAAAGUAUUCUGUGGCUUAGAUAAUUGGAGUCUUAUUAAUGCCUGUGUAAGUUAACUUUAAAUAGCUUAAUUAAUUACACCACCAUAGAGAAACCUGAAAGUACAUCCCAUAUGAAAUAGAUUUCACACAUUGUCAGACAGAAUAAAAUUGUAUGACUCAUGGGGAGUUCCCCCCCCCUUAAGCCUUGUAAUGCAUUGUGCCUGAGAAUUUAAAAAUAUUUUUUGGUUUGCUUUAAUCCUUGAUAAAACUUCAUGUCUCUUAUCUGGAUCAUUGCUAAAUUCUAUAGUUUAAUAUAACAGAUGUCCUUGUAAAAGGCUACAUACUAGAAUGCUGUCAGAGAAGUGUCAAGCUACUUGUUGCAACAAUUUUUAUGUUCAGCAUUAUUCAGAAGGCACAGCAAGUGGAUUUGAUACUUGCCUUUCUUAAUGUACUCUUUUUCCAUGAACCGGAAGAGCUUUCAGGCCAUAUUCUGUAUCGUGUUAUUUUGCAAAGACUUGAUCUAAAGCCUGUGCCAGCAUGAUUUCUCUGUAUGGCAGCAUGGGUCCAAUGAGAUAGAGAAGUUUUCUUUGAAUAUCUAAUCUGGAGGACUAAAGUGUAGAAAGCGAUAAAUAAAGAAUGGGGUUGGAGACAAAAGGCCCAAGAGGAUACCAGAAAAGAUGUGAGGAUUAUGGAGAGCUAUAAUGCCUAAACAUUCUAAUUUAUUUAUAGAUAGUUAUGUUUAUAUGUUCAUGGAAAAUAUUUCAAAAUAGGUUACUAUUGACUUUAAAGCAUUCUCAUCCGAUCGAAUGUGUUCUAUACGUGCCUGAUCAUAAAUAAGUAUCUGUUGAAUGAUACUUACUUGCAAGUAAUUAUGCAUAGAACAACUGCAUUAAUUUGUUAUUUUACUAUAAAUUACCCUUACUUUCCACCCUUUUGAAGACUGGAUUAGGAGCUCACAGAAGGCUCCUAGGUGGACUCAUAUCUAGGCAAUUUAUGGUGCCAAACCAGUUACUUUUUUAACAGAUAGGUUUUUACUUUCAGUGUUGAAAUGUUUUUUUAAUUUUUAUUAACAGGCAAUAGAAAAAGAAAGGACGGAAAAAAAGAAAGCAUUGAAUGAACUGAACCAGGUUGGAGAAAAUCUGAUGGACCAAAUGAGAAAAGGUAAUCAUAAUAAUAGCAUGAUGCAAGUACUUUGCAUUACUUGCUCUAGUCAAAACUUGGAGUUUCCAGAAACUACAAAAAACACCAGAACUACAAUAACUAAAAUUUAUGAAAGCACCAGUUUCUCCUUCACUGAAAGCUGCAAGACCUCAAAAGACAUUCUAGUGUUAGUGAGUUGAAAUCAUUGAUUUCUUAUUAAGAUAACUUGAUUAUAGGCCAUCUUCAUUCCAGACUAUUACUAUUGUUAAGUCACUUUAUUCAUGGAAAUGACAUCUAUACAAAUAAAAGACAGGUCUAGCAAAUCCUGCCCCACCAAAAGAGGCCAGAAAUACUUUAAAAAUCAUCCAGGUCAAGGGCCAAAAGCCCAGGUAGAAAAAAGAAAUUGCUCAGUGCCUAAAACUAGGCAAAGGUAGUGUUAGGCAAGCCUUCUCUGGGGAGAGCAUUCCACAAGCAGGAAACUGCCACUGAAAAGGCCCAUUUCUCAGUAAUGGCGUCCUCCCUGUGAAACACCCUCCCUUCAGAUGUUAAGGAGAUAAAGAACUACAUAACUUUUAGAAGACAUCUGAAGGCAGCAUUGUAUCAGAAAGUAUUUAAUGUUUGAUAUUUUACUAUGUUUUAUAUAUGCUGUGAGCCACCCAUAGUGUCUGGGGAAACCCAGCGAGAUGGGUGAAGAAUGAUGAUGAUGAUGAUGAUGUCAUACUCCAGAUCUCCUGUGGAAGGGGACAGGAGAAGAACAUAUUUAUAUUACAUCCCGUUUGCUUCUUGGCAUGUUCAUUUAUUGGACUUAUGCCAUGCUCAUCCACCCAUGUGCUCAGAGCAAGGUACUCUAAGGUACUCAGAGCAGCUUACUUAGGGCUGGCACACAAGAGGAGAUUCUGCAGGCACCUAUACAUCUGUAUUUGGAUUCUGCUCUGCCUCACUUGUCUAGCCUACCAAUAUAUACCUAUUACCAUGAAAAGGCACAGUUAUGAACUACUGAAUUCCUAGUGAGAUGCUUCUUUUCACUAGAUAGCUGGGGAAGAUUUGUGCAAUUAAAACUGAAUUAGUCAGGUGAUGGUUGUAAAAAAAAAAGUAUUUUUUUAUUUUUAUUAAAAAAAUGGAAUGCGGGUGAACUUAAAUCAUUCCAUAUGUUACAGUUUGCAAGUGAUUGACAAGGAAACCAUUGUUACUAUUGAGCCUGAUCUAAGUAAGCUUAUAAGAGAAGCAUGUAUCGUUGUGUUGGUGAAUACUGCAUAUCAAAACAGUUUUUAUUUCUUUUGCUUGUUCAGAAGGGCUUCCUACUGAAUAUGUGGCAAAUGCCCUCGAGAAGCUGUUGGCAGAGUGGAAAAGGGCAGGCUGGCACUUGGAAGAAGUUGCAAGAAAAGUGCAGUGCCAGGAUGAAGUAAACAUUUAUUUUAGGGAAAUGGAUGAGCUUGAUAAGACUUUGAGUGAAAAAGAAUUAUGGCUGAAAGAAAAGUCUGCUUCAUCAUUGCAACAGCAACCUUUAACAACUCUAAAGGAGUUGUGCCAGGUAAAUUUGUUCAUUGUGAAAUGCAUAAACAACAUGGAAUUAUAAACUGAACUUACAGUGGUAGGAACCCAGUGUUGUUUAAAUGAUGUUAAUGUUUGUGUGUGUGUGUGUGUGUGUGUGUGUGUGUGUGUUUAUACUUAACUUUCACAGAGGGAACACAAUGACCUAUUAAGUCUGAGUCCCUGGAUUGAACAGCUGAAAACCCAGGGCAAGGUCCUUGCAUCCCAGCCGGGUGCUCCAGACUUUAUUGAGGAAAACAUAAAGUCUUUGAAUGAUCGCUUCAAGUCUGCUCAACAGAAACUGGAGGGUCUGUCACAGCAAGUGAAAAAAGGUGUGUUUUUAUUUAACAUGUGGAUGUGUUUUUUUAAAAAAAAUUCCCCGCUUACAAUAUAUUGCUAUUUUUUUGCUUGUAGCAAAAACCUUAGAAUUGCUGCUUUGUGUUCACCACAGAUUCUGUGUAUAAAUUACAUAGUCUCACUGGAAGCAUGGCAUAGAUUUUGUAGCUCCUCAUAAAGGAAUAAGCCCAAUUUCUGUUUUCUCUGCUUGCUAUAUAACAAAAUCAUUUUCUUCAUAAAAGCAAUGCCUAGAUUGCUACUUUUGGGGUGCAGGUCAUUUAUAAAUGCCACUAAUUCCGAAGGUGGUUCAGAGAAAAACAGGAAAACACUGAAUUGCCUACAGAGAUGUAAAAAAAAAGAUGUAUAUGCUGUUUCUGCAUAUAUAACUUAACGACAUUUUAAAGAGACAAUUUUAAGAAGAAGACUUUAGUGAAAUUACUGCUAUGAUAAUUUAAUUUAUAUCCUGCCAGAUCAGAUAUUUGCUUCAGGCAACUAAAUGACCAGUAUACUUUAAAAAAUACUGCUUAAAAUCAUCAAUAAACGCUUAAAAUGUAAGUGUCAAUGCAACCAAAAUUUCAAUGCACGUAAACUUACACAACUACUUAAUAUUGCUUUAGGUCCCAGCUUUUCCAUGCGGUUAGUAUUCGCCUGCACUCCUUUGUAUUUCUGUACGUUUGGAUCUGAAGUCAAAUGCUCCAUUCUGUAAAUGAAGAAGAGUUCCAUUGACAGAAGCUCUUUCCAUUGAUGGAAUGAAAUGUUUAGAUUCUUUAUAUUUAUUAUCCCUAAUAGUUUUCUUUCAAACUUGAAAAGUGAACUUCAUGGUGUGUUAAGGAUGCAUAGUAAAUUUUUAACAGAUUAAUACACAGGCAACUGGUGUCAGUUUGAUGUUUAUUUUUUUAUGCAGUUUUGAUUGUAUGUCCACAAGGUAAUAACUGUAUAUUUGUAAUGGAGAAAAAUGAAUAUUCCAUAGUAUUUUAAGAAAAAUGUGCACAGGUACUAUUGUGGCAGAAUAGUUUGUGAACUCCUUUGGUCUAUUCCUGCCAAGUUAUGUUUCUGCCAGGCUAUUAAUGCUCUGUUCCCGGUCUCCAAUAAAGGAUUACCGUUUCAUCCAUAUUGUGGUGAAUAAUCAUUUGGUUCUUUUUGUUACUUUUUAACAGAAGCACCUCAACAGAGAAAUGUAGUAGCAAAAAUAAUUAUAUAAAUAUUAUUAUUUAACAUAGUGUUAGUUCAGAAGUGCAAUGUUGUACCAUUGCCCUUCAGUUUUCAAACACGGAAAUACAAUACAAAAUCAGUUAUUUAUCAAUUGCUGCCUUAAACUUUUUUAAAUUAACUUUUUUUAAAAAACAACAUAACCGUAGUGCUGUACUCCAUAAUUAGGGAUUUAAAGAUAUGUAGUUUAAUAUAAAGGAAAACUGUCAUUAUUCAAACUAACCUUGAUGUUUUUAUCAUGUUUCUCCAGAAUUUCCAAAAAAAAAGAGGGUAAACUUACUGGAUAGUGUGAUUGAUUCUUCUAAUCAUAUAUAUAUCCUUGCUUUCUUCUUUUGGUUUCCUGCAUAACCUGAGCUUUUACAGUAUUGUAGGAGUUUCUUGGUUCAGAACAUAUAAGUAAAAAUAUGCUUGAGGUAAAUGCUAUAGCCUGCAGCAUUUGAUGGAAUAAAAGAGAAACAUUCAGGAGGGCAAUUGAGGUUUAGGACAAAAAGAUUAGUGCUUGAUAUAUAAUAAUAAGGGCCCUGCUGGGUCAACCCACUUUUGCAAAUGGAAUUCUUGAGUAUUUAUCGCCUCUGAACAUGGAGAUUCUAUAUAGCUAUCAUGACUAAUAGCCAUUUGUGGAACACUUCUCUGUGAAUUUCCCUAAAGCCAUUUCCCAGCCACCUGAGCUAUGGAUAUAGCAUCUUGUGGCAGUGAACUGAAUUUCAUAAAUUAACUUUGCAUUGUGCAGAGAAGUAGGUUAUUUUGUAUAUCCUGUAUCCUGUUAGCCGCUUUGAGACUCCUUAGGGUAGUGAUAAAGCGGGAUAUCAAAUCCAAACUCCUCCUCCUCCUCCUCCUCCUCUUCUUCUUCUUCUUCUUCUUCUUCUUCUUCUUCUUCCUGUCAAUUCAACUGGAUGACUCUUGGGUCUGUGAGAGACAGAUGAAAAUUCUAUCUCUUACUCCACAGCAUGGAUAUUUUUAUAAGCCUAUAUCAUGUGUUCCUUUAAUUGUCAUUUUUUUUCUAAACUAAGAAUCCUCAAAUGUGUUAGCCUUCCCUCAUAAAAAGAAGGGAUUACACUGGUCAACAACAAAUUUGUUGUUUGUGUUUUUUCAGUUGAUUUAGGACGAAUCUGAUGCGCUGAAUCCAAAAAUCACAUUGGUUUUGCUCAAUCAGGUCAGGUUUUUGAGCUAUGGCCACAUGCUGGGUUUUUUUACGUUUUUGUUCACAUGUACGCUUGUGUGGAGCAUUUUAGAAGAAGUUGGUGGGGGUAAAAUGCCAUGUUGAAUAAUUUUUUUGAUUAGAGAUGAUUAUUUUAAUGACAAGAAGUAUUCAGGUCCGAUAGUUCUGGGUGAUUAUGUCGAAAAGGGAUCAGUUUGAAGUCAUAAAACCUCGAAGUCUUCCAUAAAUUGGUGCGGCUGGGAUCAACAGAAAGAACCGGAGCAGCCUCAAGUAUCCUGAUCUUCAAUCAGCACGUCAUCCUGUAGCUCAUUGUGAUGAAAUUCCAGUGCCUAUCUUUGGAGAACUUCCUGACAUUAGUGAUGAAGAUGCCUCCAGUGUUGAAGGACAUGAAGAAGAAGAAGUGGUUCUUGAAGAUGAUGCUCCACAUCCAUUUUCCCAAAAGGAGUUGAAUGAUCUAGUUCGCGACCUCAGCUUGUCAAAGGACUCUGCCGAACUGUUGGCAUCCAGAUUGAAGGAAAAACCCUCCUCUCUGACAGUGCUCGCAUCAGCUUCUUCCGCAACAGGCAUCAAGAGUACCUCCAUUUUUUCUCGGAAGAGAAGGACUUUGUGUACUGUGCAGAUAUUGCGCAGCUUCUGCUCAAGCUUGGAGUGCAACAGUACGAACCCAAAGAUUAGAGACUGUUCAUUGACAGCAGCAAGCGAUCACUGAAAUGUGUUCUGCUACACAAUGGCAACCGGUUUGCCUGUAUACCCCUGGCUCACUCGAGUACACUGAAGGAGAACUAUGAAGGGGUGAAGUAUGUGAUGGAGAAAAUUGGUUAUGAUCAGCAUAAGUGGUUUAUUUGUGUUGACCUGAAGAUGGUGAACUUUUUGUUGGGACAACAGUCUGGCUUCACCAAGAACCUAUGUUUUCUGUGCAUGUGGGAUAGUAGGGACCGUGCUCAGCAUUACACAAAGAAGGACUGGCCUGUGCAGGAGGAAUUGGUGCCUUGCAAAGAAAGGAACGUCAUCAACGACCCUCUGGUGGACAGAGACAGAAUACUCUUCCCACCACUGCACAUCAAGCUCGGCUUAAUCAAGCAGUUCACCAAGGCUCUGGACAAGGAUGAUGACUGCUUCACUUACUUGUGCCAGGCUUUUCCAGGAUUGACCAUGGAGAAGUUGAAAGCUGGCAUCUUUGACGGUCCUCAGAUCUGUCAGCUCAUCAGAGAUCCAGAGUUCAGAAAGUCAAUGAACGAAGUGGAACUAGGCAUUUGUUCUGGUAGUGAAGAACUUUCUUGGCAACAAUAAGGCCAGAAACUACGCAGAACUUGUCAACAACAUGCUGACUGCUUUCAGAAACCUGGGCUGCAACAUGAGCGUCAAGAUGCACUACCUAUUUUCACAUAUGGACCGGUUUCCUGAGAACCUGGGUUCAAUGAGUGACGAGCAGGGGAGAGAUUCCAUCAGGACAUGAAAGAGAUGGAGACCAGGUAUCAGGGUCGCUGGGACGCAGUCAUGAUGGCUGACUACUGUUGGACUCUGAAGAGAGACCUCCCUGCCGCUGAGCAUUCCAGGAGUUCCAAGAAAUGGAAGUUCAAGCCCUGAAGUUUGAAAAAUGGUGAAGCAACAUGCAAUUUACAUGUACUUACCUUUAUCAAUGCCCACCAUUCAGUUUACAGUAAACCUGACCUGAUGGAGAGAAACAGAUGCCAUUUCCUGAUUCAGCAGUGCAAAAAUACCCUAAAUCAGUUGUAGAAAUCUAGACAACAUUCAAAAAGUAAAAAAUUGUUGCCCAGUGUUAUCAAUGUCCAAAGUCACUCUUGUAAUUAUAGAUGUGACUUAAGCAGCACAUCCAGCCAAAUGUUCAGUGGCUUCCAUGUACAACUGGCAGUGUUCCUUGCAACAUUUCUAGGGGAGUUGGGUCUCUGUCCUGUUUUGCAGCAUAAUUUCCAUUAGACGAACCUCUGCCAACCCCGCAUAUGCAGUCAAGAGGAGAACUUUUAUUUUAAAUAAGGCAAAAAGGAUAUGCUGGCCAUGUUCGCAUGUAGCAAUAAACCCAAGAAUCUGACUUGAUUAAUCAUAAGGUGUAUGUGCUGGUGCAAGCAGCCCAGUCACUCCUGCUGUGGCCUCGCUUUAUGCAAGCAGAUAAACCAGGAGGGUGAUAGUUUAGUGUUAUGCCCAGGUUUUGGGAUUGUUGCUUGUUUUCCCCUAAUGAGCUAGGGUUCAUAUGUCAGAAACAAACCGUUAAGACUGACUAGUGAUCUUAACUUGUUAGGGAGAAACAAAUCACAAUCCUAACAAAUCACAAUGCCUGAUUCAGACAUAAUCUUAAGCUAACCCCUUCUUGAGGUUUUUUUUUAACCAGGUCACAUGAAGGGAGAAGCAAAGUGGGCCAAAUUGGACUGUGUGCCCUGCAUACAUCUCACACACAAUAUUGUGUUUUAAGCCAAUAUUUUUUGGCUUGCUUUUCUCCUGAACACAGCCAACACAACUCUGGUGUGCUAGUGAGGUGCUCUUUCCCCUCACAAAUCAGCUCUGGUGGUUUGGAGAGCCCCAAAAACAGUAUUUGGUGGGAGGAGAGAGGAUAUCAUUCUUUGGGGCAAACUGAAAUGCUUCUGCUGACUGAAUGUUGAAUUGCCUUGUAUGCCUCUUUAAAAAAAUAAAUAAAUAAAUAAAUAUUCAUAUCCAUUACGUUUUUAUUUUGAAAGUAGAAUUGGAAAGCCAGCCUUCUAAGGACUAUUUGGAUGCUUUGAAAAAACUGAAGGGUGAGCUGAAUGAUUUGGAAAGCAAGGCACAAUCUGUCAUGAAUGCAGUGAAUGACUUUAGUAAAGUUGAGAGAGCCUUGCAGCAGACAAAGGUAUGUUCCCUUUUUUCACUUCAGCAAAUUUAAACUCAGACGCAGCUGUCUAUAGUCAGCUUGGCUUUUUUUAUGCCAUUGCAUUUUAAAUUAAGCUGACUAACAUUGGUGUGUACCAUUGGGGUGUGGGGGCGGAGAAGAAUUAGACUUCUCCCACAGUUUUAACAGGCUUAUAUGUGAAAACUGCUGCUCAGUAAGAUAGGUGUGACAAGCAACAUGUGUUGUGUUGUAUAAAUAGUUGUGGAUGUACGAAAAACACAGGCCUAAUGUGAGUGAUGCAUUCAAAAUAUGCAUGCUUCCUUUUCUAUAGUUUCAGGCAAAAUAGCGAGUGUUAGCUAAGCUGUUUUGCCUAGCAGUCAAUCAGACCUCCCAUGUCCUUGCAGAGCAUAUGGGAGGGAAAGAAAGAACUAGACAACAAUAGGUUCCACAAAACUGGACACAACUUUCCUAAAAUAGCAUCGCAUCCAUGCAUUUACAAAGAUCAAUGUGGAAGAAAUGGUUCUAAUGCCCCACUCCGCCCAUAUUAGCUACUCAGGGAGACCCACAUGGGUAGCCAGCUGAAAUACCUUCCUGACACCAAAGUUUUCAAACUUGAUGGAUUGUGACCCAUUCCCUGGGUUACAAAUCAUGUGUUCUUCCUAAAGAAGGAGGUUUGAUCCUUUUUGCUCACCCCACCCUUCGAUAUGUAUUGCUGGCCAGUUGGAUGCAAUGGUAGGGAAUUAGGGCUGCAAAUCAUGCCUUCCUGCAGGAGGAGAGGGAUGAGGGCCAAUUUCUUUUUUGCCAUGCCAAUUGAUAUGCUGUGCCAGCUGGUAAGAGUCAGGAGUGGGGAACUGUGGCCUGCUUGCUUCUUUUUUCUGUACUUCCUUUCUCCAGUAGAAAAUUGUGCAAUUUCAGAGCUGUUUAUGGAUUUCUUCCCCACUGCUGCCAUGUUUUUUGGUUGGGGGUGGGGCAUAGAAAAUCACUUGAUCAGGUCAGCAGUUAACGGAUUCACCACCCAUAAAUAGAUUUGUCUCAGAAAACCUUUUGCCUCACUUUUCUCUAGACCAACUAUCCUGUGAGUUGUAAUAGAAGCAGCUGGACAUGCAAGCUGGAGGUCCUAGGAGCCUCAUUUUAUGUCCUGUUGUCCUGUCAACAGAAACAUCAGGACUUUUGAAUGAAUUCACAUGAAAAAAAAUCCUUAUGGCUCUGGAAAUUAUAUUGACACAAAACCCAUUUUGGCAUGAGAAAAUAUUGUUGGGCAUGAGAAAAUAUUGUUGGGUGACACAAAGGUCACAUCCAAUGCUAUAUUUUCUUUGUCGUGUUGUAAUAUGUAUAGUUAAAGAUGAUAUAUUUUACACAGAACAUGGAAUUGCUGCCAUGUGCAAAAGUGAAAUGUAUUUCUGUUUAAUCCUUUCCCUGCAGACGAUCUAUGAAACUCUGGAAAAUCAGAAAAGUGUGGUUGAUAAACUUGCUGUAGACACACAAGUCUUAGAGAAGCAUAUUUCUUCUGAAAAAUCAAAGCUCUACAAGCAAGAAUUCAAGUGUUUGCAGGGAUACAGGGACAAGUUAAAUAUGAAGGUUUCUAAAGAUGUUCACCUACUGGAAGAAAUUAUUUCCAAAUUGAGAAUAUUUGAGGUAAAUAUAUGACCACGAUUGUGUGGGUCAGUCAUCCUGCUAACAGGACAGAAUACCAUCAAAUUAGGACAUCAAAGUAAAUCUAGGAGAAAAUGAAUGAAUACAAACUCUUAUGGAAGUUCCCCUUUGAAGGGGGUUGGGAUCACAGGGUUUAUGCCUUUUGAUUAUGGGAAAUGUUGUCUGAGGCCACAAUAUUCUGAACUAAACCACAAGUUGUUAGCGGCUUUAGAACAGGAAAAGAAAUACCUGCCUUGACUCAUGCUAAAGUUAACGUUAAUGCUAAAUUGUAGAAUUUUUGUUUCUAACUAUAAGUUAAUUGCCAAAAAUGGACCUUGACUUGUUACCUUAUUCUGGUUUGUUUUCUUCGGAAUAUUUAUGAGCAUAAUCUGUCUUCUGAGGGACGGAUGUGCCACAUGGUCAGAUUAACAAGAGAGGUGAAUAGUGGGCUAGAUUUGAGCAUGAGCCAGAGAGCAAGGGCUAUAUUUUCACAUUGUUGUAAUGAAAGAACAAAUGGACCAGAAAGGAAGGGCUGCAUUUUCACAUUGUUCACUCAUUAGAGCAAUGCUUGGCAACAGACUGAAUGUGCAAAGCAAUGGGCAGGGAGGAAUCAGAUAAAGCCAAAGCUUUGUGCCUGGUCAGCUGGGUGGAUGUUGGUGAUGUCAGUGGAUAUGGAAAGUAUACAAAUAGAUGAGUAUCAAAAGAAGGAUCUAAUGUAUUAAACAAAGUAAAAGGUUGGGGGGAAGGAAUGAAAUCAGUACCUUUAGGUUUUGUAAUGAGAAAAUAGUGGUUUUGGUGAGGGAGAUGGAAGACAAGUUGCAUGGGGCCAGAAGCAAAAAUUGAGGAAUGUCAGGACAGCAAAAGGAAGUGGCAUGUUUUAUGAUGGACAUGGAGAACCUCUGGCACACAGGCCUGAUUAGGCCUGGCACAGAUCCCAGUUUGGUCUGCAAGGCCGCUUCCUCAAAAUCAUGCCCGCCUCUCCCACUCCUCAUGUCAUAUCUGACAUCAAGUGUGGGGCAGACAGAGAUGUGCCUGCCAGCAUACUCUUGAUUGUUCCUUGUCAAGGGAGGUUGACUGCCAACCAGCCAAGCCCACUGGGAUGACAUUGGAGCAGAGCUAUACAUUGAAAACUCUCUUGCACAGCCAACCCCUGCUGAAAUCAGAGCUUGAUGUUCUAACAGAUGCUACUUCAAGCCUGCUGGAAUUUGCUGCACUAGGGAGUUCUCAAUAGAGCUUCCUCACACAGAUGACCCCUGCCAAAAGUAGGGCUCAAAGUCUGCACAGAUCAACUGAUAGACUCAGAAUUCAGGUCCACUAAAACCUCAUCAAGAAUCACUGGUGCAAAUGAUAAUGACAUCAAAUGAUUUGAACAGUGACUGGCCUGUCAGAGCGACCCACUGUGGGCAGGGGAACCCAGCAUCAGCACCACCAUUGUUUUGGGAGACUAAAGGCAAGUUGCUCCAUAGAUAUCUGAUGGUAUUUAUAGGUGCAGAUGGGGCAAGAAAUCAUUUUUGCAGGCUGGGGGACAGAGGGACAUAGCAACUCUGUUGGAGCUAAAGGAGAAGGUUGGGCUCACUAUGGUGGAGAGGAGGGAUAAUGACAGUGGAGAUGUGGCAGCUAGAAGUCAGGAGGGAAAAUCAUCAAAGGGAUCAUGAGAAAUCCUUGGCCAUAAGAUGUCUGCUUUAGGUACAUAAAAUGCCUUGUCAAUGUUAGCCAAUAUAUAAAUAGUAUUUUGGCUGAAGAAUAUUUACUGCUCAGUUCUACAGGCUAGAGUGUAUCUCUAUUGGCCUGUAGUGAAUAUCCUUGGAACUACUGUGUGUGCUCCCUGUUUUGGAAACUUUUCUUCACAAGCAAAUCAAGUCAGCUGAAAAAAUGCCAGAAGCUGGAGGUAGAACAAAAAAUGCCAAGAAUCUGGACAUAAAUUAUCCCUCUGUAUCAAGAUGCAGAGCACAAUAGGUACUUUGAUGAAUACCUAGAACAAGUAUCCUUUAAGAUGGCAAUAUAUAUGCACAAUCAGCAAAGAAUAAAAAUGAGAAGCAUAACUGAAUUCUGGUAGAGAUAUUUCUAAAACCACUGAGGCUGAUCAUAUAGUUGAUCUAAAAUAGAACAGAAUUUAAUUCCCAACCCAACUCUGCUGAAUUCAAGGCUCUCUAGCCUGUUCACAUCCUUCUUGACUUCUUUGUUGUCUUUUGAUACAAUUGACUAUCUUUUCUACUUUAUUCCCUUCACAACCUAAACCUGUACCUGCUCUCAACUGUUCCUUUUCCUACUCUUUCAGGGAUUUGCUCUCUCUUAACUUUCUCCCUUGUAGACCCUCAGGGAUGUUUGGAGUCCCCUGCUCUUCUGUUUCCCUGCAUUCUUGGUUUCUGUGGUCACCUCAAAUCACAUGGAUUUCAGUAUUUCCUAUAUGAUGCUGCCCAGCUCUCUACCUUAGAGCUUCCAUCUUUAUCCAGUCCUGUAUCCCCAUUUGUGCAUAUGCAUUUCUCCUUGAGUUCUUCAUUAAACUCAUGUUUGGUCUCAGACAUAUUGAACCUAUCCCUCCUUUUCUUAUAUAUCCAUUCACAGUGGCAUCACCUAUCCAAAUGUCUAUAUUCUGGUCAGAGUCCCUGCCGUCUCUAUUUUCUUUGGUACCAACCUCUCUGCUUCCUUUUGUGCCCACUUGUAUUUCCAUACCAAGUGGGCUGCAAGAGUAAUUUGACAUUGAACCCGUGGGCUCCACAGUGUCUUGUCUUGUAGGAGGGGGAAGGCAAGGUCAAAAUUUGACAGCCCCCAGACCUGGUGCUGUCCUCCCAAAGCUGGAUAGGUGAGGUACCUGGCUUUGGGAAGGAGGCACAAGGUUCUGUCAGAGUCCUAGAGUUCUCCCACCUCCUUCCCAAAGCUGGGAAAAUGCUAACUCGGUUUUGGGAAGGAGGCAGGAGGACUCUAGGACCCUGUCCUCACACCUCUUUCUCAAAGCCCAGUGCCAACAGUGCAUGAAAUGUUGCUGAGGGCCGCCAAAAAGGGGCCUCAAGGGCCACAUGCAGCUCUUGGGCUGUCUGUUCGACCACCCUGCACUAAAAUUACUUUGUCAUGUCUCCCUUCUCUGGAACUCCUUAUAAGAAUACCAUGACACCAUGCCUCUUUCAUAUCACUGAAAUUUCAAAGCUCAUCUUUUGUGUGAAGUGUUAGGCUCUUGGGGCAGUGAGUUCUCUUUUUUGUUGUAGUUCUCUAAGCACCAUUCCAUUAAUAGUGCAUUAUUGCUGCUGUUGGCAGUUGUAGUGAAAUGUAAUUAUUGGGUUGGAUCCUAAUUUCAUCUCCUGUGAACAAAAGGGCUCCUUCUGUCAAUGGAAGGUUUUUGAUUCAGUGAAGGAUCCUGCUGACAGAAGGGGGAGGAAGCAAUCUACCAAUUUUGUGCUUCUGCAAGCAAAGUCUGUGUUCAUGCCAGAAGGAGCUAUGUUUACAACUCAGAUUUUACAGACAGUAUGAAAUUAUGCUUUUAUCUCACAAGCCAGUUGCUUAUUGCUCUGUUUUCAAAAUGCCUCAAACCCUUCAAACCCAUGUUCUAUGCUGGUACAGAAGAUUUGAGUGAGCUGCUAUGUUUUACCCCCACUUAACGCAGUCAGUAUGCUUCUGAGUGCCAGUUGCUUGAAAUCACAGAUUGGGGGGGAGCAGUGUUGCUCUCAGGUCCUGCUUGUGGACUUUCAUAGGCAUCUGGUUGGUCACUAUGAGAAAAGGAUGGUCUGAUCCACCAGGCUUCUUUGUGUGUUUUUAUUUCUCUUCCUCCAGUGUUGGUGCCAUUUGUCCAGAAUUUGGAUUAUUAGUUAGUCUAUAAUUGGGUUUUUGGUUAGCAAAUCUUUACAUGAGCCUGACAAUGGGGAAAAAAAUAAGCAAGUGGGGAUUACUAUUGUAUUUGGGGUUUUCCAAUCUGGAAGACAAAUAGGUUAAAACAGUUAAUUACAUUUCUUAACUUUCUUAUGUUCUGUUCAGACGGAUUCAAAACUGGUUCAGAAGUGGCUGGAUGGUGUAAAAGACUUCUUAAUGAAAGAGCAAGCGAUCCAAAGGGAUCCUGAAGGCCUUCAGAGACAGCUUGAUCAAUGCAUGGUAAGCCCUGCUAAUGUAGAACAGAGUUGCUUAUUUACCUCUAUUAUUCUUUGGCUACUUCAAAGCAUUAUAUAGUGCAUUUCAUAAAAACCUCUCUCUCUCAAAAAAAGGAUUAAGCAACACAAAAGUGUGUUUUGCAUUCCUUUGUUCCCUGAUACCAUGGUACUAAAAUGCAGUUGUGGAACCUUGUUUUAAAAAUUUGACAGCCUGUUCAGUAUUACAAUAUAGAUAGGAAUACUAGAACUGUCUCACUUCUUUUUUUAAAUGAAGAUUUCUAACAGAGAGAUAGGUAGUGUGUAAUCCUGCAAGAUCUGAUGAUGAAGUCUUCAGAGUAGCCUAUAAAUUAGCUGGAGCUUUGCCCAUGUGGAGAUGCUGUUGGAAUAAAACAAAAUAAAAACAACAUUGGUCAUAGGGGGAUUGGGAGAAAAGUGCAAUUGUACUGAGAUCAUUUGAAUUGUGCCAUGCAUUCAAAAACACAAAAGUGCGGACACACUUUCCCUAAAAUAUACAGGUGUUUCAGUACGGUUAAAUCGAAGUGUGAGGUUAGUACCCUCCAUAGUAUAUGAUUGCAGCCAUUAUAACUGGCUUCCAAAAAUCUGCCUUACCUGUGUGCUUGGGUGUGCCUGUCAUGAUAUUUGAUCAUAUCCUCCUUUUGAAUAGAAGACCAGACCCACAUAUUCCAAGCUUAUUUAGAGUUUACUUGCUUCCAAAAGUGGGUUGCCAUCUGGCAUACAGGUCUGCUAUGCAAGAAGCAUAAGAUCAAAGAAGCCUCUUUUGGGCACAGGAACUGUUGCACAGUUCUUUGUACAUUAACCAGCCUAGUAGCUGUAAGAUUUUUAGUUGACUGAAUUUAUCACUAUAGGUAGUGGGGACAGAGCCAGAGUACCCUUGAUACGCUUUUGAGUCUUGACUGUGAGACCAUUCCUGAAUAGAAAGAGACAAUGGCCAAAAUCCAGAUAACUGCUCAGGAAACUCCAUGACAUCAACAGCCCAUCAUAAUAUAUGACACACAUUUUCUUUGCAAGUUGAGAUUUUCACAAGCCAUUUGUAAUGUAAUAUUUGUGUGUGGGCAGCAGCUGCUCAAAGCUAUUCAGAGAAAAGAAUUCCCUGUAGUUGAAUACAAACCCUCACACACCUGAAGAAGCUCUCUGGAUUGGAUCCAUUUUCAGAUUCAGAUGAAAGUAUGCAACUGGAUAUUUAUUUUAAAAUAAUUUUGCAUGUGGAGUAAUUUAGGAGUUAUAAAAAAUAGAAUCAGAAAUAUUUGCACAGUGCCUUGGGAAAUGGACAUUUCUGCCUGCAUCCUGAAAAGUGGUUAUUAAAGUGUUUUCUCUCUUGUGAUCAGCUGUUUGUUACUGAAAUGGAGAAGACUGAGUUGUCCUUAAAGGAGAUGAAAGAAAUAGACUCUGCUUUAAGAGGCCAGCCAGUUAAUGCCUGGGUGAAAUCUAAGCUGACAGAUGUCCAGUCACAAUGGGAGAGACUCAGCAAGCAGGUUAGUUACUGA